GCCAAUAAACACCAUUGACGAAGAAGAAGAAGACGAAGAAGAAGAAGAAGAAAGAGCAGCUGUUGAUUUUUGCCUCAGACAAAAUAUAAUUUACAGAUAUUUUAUUCGCUUUUACCACGUGGUAGGCACAAAGUAAGACGUAACGACAGAAACCUUAAGGUAAAUGUUUAAAUAAAUGUUCUAUAAUGAAUUAUAAAUAUAUUAAAGAUCGUGUAACAUCUACGCUUACUGAUUAUUAGCCAUCCAGUAAAUAUUGGAUAAUAACGUGCACUUCAGUAGGAUCACUACAAUAACAAUUAUAUUAACAAUUCAGUUGUGAAAGCCUCUUAAUGCAUUUCCAGGGUGAAUUUAGUCCUUUCACCGAAUAGGAGCUGAAAACAGCACAUAAAGAGGAGAGGGCGGCCGCAGUAAAGACAAUAUUUGGGUCGGUAAAACACCAGCUUUAAGUUAUAUUCACACUUAAAAAUGAGUAUCUUUGUCUGUGCCGAAUCAAUCUCAAACACAGCUCAGCGAAAUUCUGACCAUAUGGACCACAGGCACAUUAAAUAAAUAUGUAAGAGCUUAUAAAACAUGAACAAGAUUUUUACAUUGGAUUUGGUCUGACCCAGAGGCUAACAUACAGAGAUUAUUAAUGACACAAGUUUGUGCCCGGACAUGUUCAUUCGCAGUUUGCUGCAUGAUAAAAAUCAACAUUCAUUAAUGCCUCAAUAAGUGAUGUUUUCAGUGAUCAUACAAUGACAAGGAGAAAUUACCCUUUUUGUUUGCUUUAAAUAUCGUGAUCACCUGAUUUACCGUUGCUUUUUCUGAUGGACGGUCUCCAGUAAUAAAGAUUUGGGCAGCUGUUACAUGGACCUGAAUUUACUGUCUUGGCCUGAAAAACGACUGUCCAUCAAUAAAGAGGUGACAUUUGGAUUUCAAAUGACUCAAUCCUUGAUACCGUUCACCUUGAAUAAGAGAUUACGUUUCUUUUGUUUUUCUGUGAUGGCGUUUUCAGUCCAUCAUUUUUGUUAUUUAGGACUCCUUUGCCAUAUCUUUGAAUCACCUAAAAUUCUGCAACAUGUCUAAGUUUUUGGCUGGUUUUGAGUCUACUUCCAUUCUAAAAGUAAAACCCUACAUUAGGCUAAAACUUGGGUUUACUACUUUUUCAUUGAACUGAUACAGAGCAAAUGAUAAUUAUUUAAAUCUAUCAGUGAAUGAUAGAUUAUUGUCUAGUGGACUAUGCCAACAUGUUGAGUUGUGAUCGAUGCAUAUAAGAUGUUACCAACAAGUUUCUUCUUCACAUCAUAAGAAAUGACGCUUGUUUUGAACUUUUAAAGAUGUGUGUGUGUGUGUGUGUGUGUAUAUAUAUAUAUAUACAUAUGUAUGUGUGUGUGUGUGUGUGUGUGUAUACAUCUUUAAAACUUGAAAACAAGCGUCAUUUUUUAUGAUGUGAAGAAGAAACUUAUUGGUAACAUCUAACAUGCAUUUCAUAUGUGUUGGUGUGUUGUUGUCGUCAGGUUACCAUGACGACCAAGAGUGGCCUGAUAACCAGUUCAUUCAAGAGGGUGAAGAAGGCUAGAGGAGGGGACAAACAUCGAAAGAGGUCUCUUCCUCCUUCUCCUCCUUCUCCUCCACAGCAAGGUAUAGAACGCCAGUCUGUGUUUAUAAUUUCUGGGUUUUAUGUUUUCAUUCAGGUCUUGCUUAAAAUCACAAGUUUGAAUCAACUCUUUUUUUAAUACAUUUUGUAUCCCUCAAACUUUUAUAUGUAAUUAUUUAAGAUAAGAUAAAAAGAACUUUAUUGACCCCAAAGAAAAAUUCAAAUGCAGAUUAUAUCCUAGCUCCCUGAAAAAUAACUGGUCUCCAGUUUAACUUGCAAGAAAUAAUUUUUUUCCAACUACAUAAUUUAGCCUUGAUUGAUAUUGUGCGACUUUUAAUGAGUGUUCACUUGGUUUUAUCUCUCUGAAAAGUCCUGUUGAUACCAGCAGUCAUGUGAUUUUUUUUCUUCUGAACAUUUUGGUUGAAGCGAAAGAAGAAACCAAAGCAGUCCGAGAGGAGGAGCUGGAGCAGCUCCGACAGUUUGAUCUGGACUGGAGAUUUGGACCCUGCACCGGUAACAUUUACCACCUUUAAUACCACCUUUUUUAGUUAUUUCACAGCCUGCGGGUGAGUUAGAGUUAUUUUAAUCAUACUAACUGGUUUCAUCCUGGUAUGCACAACAACAUUAAUGAGUCUUUGUUGUCUGCUGAUAAAGGAUCUAAAGUUAAUCCUUUUUGUUGUACGACAAAUAAAUAGAUUUUGUUUUAGACGGUGCGUCAGUCAAAAUCAAUGAAUGUUGACACUGAAAAUACCAUUCUACGUCCAUCACAUUAUUUUGCCUUCGGAAGACAUUUGGCAGUCUCAGCCAUUCAGUGAAUAAAAUUUGUGCUUAAAUCAGACAGAAUCAGUCCAAAAGUACCUGCACACUUGACAUGAGAGUAUUAUUUCUAUCUUUAUGGUGAAAUUAAUCAACAUUUUAAAGGUUUCUCUAGACCCAUUGAGAACUUUUUGAACCUGUUUCUGGUACUGUGUUACUUUGAGAUCAGCACCUUAUUGAUAUUUGUUUGUAAGUACUUUGUAUUGCACUUAUUCCACAACACCUUCCCCCAGGAUAAAUCAUCUUAUGUCAUCAGUGUCUCUGCAGAAAACAGACGGUUUCUCUGUGAACAGGUAUCAGCCGUCUGGACAGAUGGGAGAGAGCAAAACUUCACGGCCUGAACCCACCAGAGGAGAUCAGAUACGUGUUGCUGCAGACAAAGGUUGACCCCGAGUACAGCCGGAGGUAAUACACACACAAAAUUUAUUAAUAUGCUGUUCAAAAGAAUCUAUUUAAUUUUUCAGUCUGACUCAAACUGUAUUUUUAAAUAUGUGUAAACACCACAGUCUGACUGAAAACACUCUCAAUCCAAGUUCUCAUAGUGGAACUAGCAUUCUUUGAUAAGCAUCAAUUUUCUCUUCCAUACCCUGUGAUUAGACUGAAACCAUCUUUUUAAGCAAGCCCUACAGUUUGCUAAUCAGGUCUGCAUGUCAUACUGAACGAUGAAAAAAGGCUUCAGGUGCAAACUCUGGACACAGGCAGAAAAGCAGUCUUUUUAAUUGGAAGUAGAAGUCAGGACACAACUAAUCCAAAAACACGGGCAGUGGUAACCAUUUUAGAAGGCAAGAAGUGAAGUCUAAAAUCACUGAAGUAAAAACAAGGAAGAAGGCUGGACCACUGACUCAAAGCACAAAAUGAAUAAGGGAGGAACACUAAGGCCCAAUCCCAAUCCAGCCCCUACACACUCUGUUUGCACGCUCCAGCUGAGUCUCCGUCAUAUUGAAGGCUGUCCCAAACCACGAAAUGCAGAGGGCGAGUGGACCAUACAGCCAUUAUAUAGAGAGUCUGCACUGAUGCACACUUGCGGUGGGAUUUAUAAUGUCAUUGAAACAGAAGAUCAUGUCAUCGCUGUAUGCAACAUCUUCUCUGCACUGAGGGGCAGUAUAACUGGGGGAGGUGUUUCACCCAUAGACUGGAGCAGUUCUCAGGAGCAAUCUCAUGAUCUUUGAAUACAUAAGACUAUGAGAUUUAAGAUAACAAUAGAGUCCCUUUAAGUUCAGUCAAUUAAAUGUUUAGUAACAUUUACCUUGUUGAGAUAAUGGUUUGAAUUUUUUUCUUUUACAGCCUGUGGAGUAAGUAUCCACUGUGAAGAAGUCAUCAGAAGAGAAAAACGGGCAAACUUCAGGAAAACACAUGUCAAGUUAAUUUAUAUCAACACAAACCACAAAUAUAUUAUGUUGAAUUAGUAAUGAUUACCUUUUAUAUUUUAACCUUUUAAAGUGUAUAAUAAUUAAAAGCAACAGGGAUGAGGACUCUCCUUCAGGAUGGAAACAGAAGCAUGUUUAAAAAAAGUGUAGUUGUGUUUGUCAACUCUUUGUUGUUAUAAAGGUUUUCAUCAGAAAUUAAAUCCAAGAGAGUCUUGUGUGUUUAUUGGAUGUGUGGAAAGCACUCUGUCUCUCACACUCACACAAUUCACUCCUCUGUGUACUGGACUGACAUAUAUUUCCUUCAGUCUUAUUAUAACUGACCUAAAUGGACACACUGAGGUGUAUGAGAGGGAGGACGGGUGACAGCAAAAUGAGCUAAAACCUAAAAUAUUUAUUUGUAAAAGCCAUUAAGGUUAUAUGACAAAAAACACCCAGAUUUAAAACCCAAAUUAAAAAAUAACCAGGGGCCUCAUUUAUCAACCGUGCGUACGCACAGGUGUGUGCUUAAAGAGUGCGUCCGAACAUUCCUGCGCAAAGUCUGGAAUUUAUCAACCUGUACUUGUGCUUAGGAACGUGCGUAAAUUUAAGCACAACUCACACCAUGCAUACACACAAAACCUAGUGGUAGGACAGUAAAACUACGAAUAGAACCCAUUAAAGGAGUCACAGCGUUCCGCAAUCUCAAACUCCACACAUGUUCACGUUGCCUCUAUACAAAAUUUAUGAAUUAGUAAUUUAGCAGACAUUUUCAAUGAUUGGUGAGACAAACUAUAAAAAUCUGCUGUGACAGGACAACCUCACAAGAAUUCUUACAAGUACAAAUACAAGUAUCACGGUUUAUUUUGCGCUAUUGGAGGACUUGGAGAAGCGUCUGCUCCUCCGCUGGGAGCGCGUUUUCAAAGAGCGUGCUGAUCCGUUCAGUGAGAACUCAGAGUGGAUUCUCAGGAGGUACCGCUUCCCCAAAACAUUUUAAUGGAUUUACACCGUGAUUUACUACCCGUGUCGGAGCGAGAAACAAAACGCACCAAAGCCAUCCCAGCGCACAUCCAGCUCCUGUCCACCCUAACCCGAACAUUUCAGCAUGAGAUUUAAGACAUAUGCGAUAUUUCGCAGCCAACGCUUAACAGAAUCAUGCCGGCAGAGUUGGAUGUAAUAAUUUCUCCGGCCUCAAUUUACAUCCAGUUCACAAACACACAUCACCAACAAGCCGAAAUAAAAUGAGGAUUUCACGCCAUCGCCGGAUUCCCAAACAUAAUUGGAGCCAUAUUGCACCCACAUCGCAAUAAAAGCACCUUCACACAAUAAAUUCAGAUUCGUCAACAGGAAAAGAUUUCAUUCAAUCGAUGCACAAAUAAUCUGCGAUGCACAUUUGAUUCUGUUAAACGUUGUUGCCCGGUGGCCUGGAGGAACGCACGACUCGUUCAUUCUGCAGAAUAGCGCUGUGAGUGUGCACCUCCAGGAGGAGGAAAAACAUUCAUACACGCAUUUUUAAAGGGAUUGUUGAUGCCAUAUAUGGUCAAUUGGAGGCAUUCCUGAAUGCAAAUGACUCUAACCAUGCACGAGCACGGUAGUAAAGAACAGGUGGGAUUUAUCAUCACCGAUUACUUAGGUGUGUGCGUACGACCGGUGUCCGCACGUUUGAUAAAUAUGGAUGUUUUUGUACUUACGCACAUUCUAAAUUUCAUUCCUACGCAAGAAUAUAGAACCUUUUCUACGCAUGAUUGAUAAAUAAGGCCCCUGGUCUCUUUUUAAAUAUGUUCCCCAUAAUUUCCACUAAGGGUUAGAUCAAACAGAUUUUGAUGAAGACAUGCUGCAAAUAAUCACAACUUCAUGACUUCUUUGUUGUACCAGUGCUUCUGUGCAAUAAAUCUGACACUGUUGGAAAGCCAUUUAGUAAAACUAUUUGCAUUUUAAUAUAAUGGAAAGACAUUUUACCCAGCAUCCAAAUUUUUUUUGGAGCUGUGGUUCUGAACCCACUAUGUAUUUCACUUCCUUCCUGCCAAAGAAAGAGCCAUCAUCUAAAAUAAGCAACCAUGUCUUUUAUUUAUUCCUAUUUUUGAAUUGAUGUAUCUUGUUAACUACUUUGGUCUGACUGAUGUUACAGCAUCUUAUGUUGUGCAAUACUAGGAGACCGAUGAGAUUGUUUUAUGCUGAUUUGUUAAGAGAUGAUAUGUUAGGAAUGAUGUGUUGUGCCCACUGACUUGCAAAAUUCUUGCCAUACCUGGGAUGCAAAUUGUCGUCCAUGAUCUGACACAAUAUCAGAGAGAAUUCCAUGAAGCUUGAAAACAUAAUUAGCAGAUCUGCUGUCUCUAGGGCAGAGGGGAGUUUGGGUAAGGGCACAUAAUGAACACACUUAGAGAAUCUGUCAAUAAUGGUGAGUAUGACUGUAUUACCUUUGGAGGGAGGAAGUCCAUUGACAAAAUCCAUGGCUAUGUGAGACCAAGGAUGGGUGGGUAUGGGCAGUGGAUGCGACAGACCAGCGGGGGGCUGAUGUGAAGAUUUGCCCCUGGCACAGACAGAGCAGGCAGCCACAAAUUCUUUGACGUCUUUGGCCAUACUGGGCCACCAGAAAGUUGUUAUUGUCGUUUUCUUCCGCUUCAUCCGGGUCCGGGUCGCGGGGGCAGCAGCUUCAGGAGGGAAGCCCAGACGGCCCUCACCCCAGCCACUUCCACCAGCUCCUCCGGGGGUAUUCCCAGGCGCUCCCAGGCCAGGCGAGCGAUGUAAUCCCUCCACCUGGUCCUGGGCCGGCCACGAGGUCUCCUCCCGAUGGGACAUGUCUGGAACAACUCUAACGGGAGGUGUCCAGAAGGCAUCCUAACCAGAUGCCCGAGCCACCUCAGCUGACUCCUCUCAACGUGGAGGAGCAGCGGUUCUACUCUGAGUGCCUCCCGAGUGCCACCCUGCGAAGGAAACCCAUUUCGGCCGCUUGUAUCCGCGAUCUUGUUCUUUCGGUCACUACCCACAGUUCAUGGCCAUAGGUGAGAGUCAGCACGUAGAUUGACCGGUAAAUCGGAGUUUUGCCUUACGGCUCAGCUCUUUCUUCACCACGACUGAUCAGUUAAGCGUCCGCAUCACUGCUGACGCCACUCCAAUCCGCCUGUCAAUCUCCCGUUCCAUCCUACCCUCACUCGUGAACAAGAUCCCGAGAUACUUGAACUCCUCCACUUAAGGCAGGACCACUCCUCCAACCUGGAGAAGGCAAUCUACCUUUUUUCGACUGAGGACCAUGGCCUCAGACUUGGAGGUGCUGAUUCGCAUCCCAGCCGCUUCACAUUUGGCCGCGAACCACCCCAAAAAGAGCUGAAGAUCCCUGCUCGGCGAAGCUAGAAGCACCACAUCAUCCGCAAAAAGCAGCGACACGAUCCUCUGCCUGCCAAACUGGACACCCUCCAACCCCCGGCUGCGCCUAGAAAUUCUGUCCAUAAAGGUUAUGAACAGAAGCAGUGACAAAGGGCAGCCCUGGCGGAGUCCAACCCUUACUGGAAACGAGUACCUUACCAAACUCCUCCCACGCCCGAGUUUUUGCCUCUGCAACUGCCCCGGCUGCGGACCGCUUAGUCAACCCAUACCGUUCAGCUGAUUCCGGAGACCCACAGGCCAUCCAUGACCUGUAGGCCUCCUUCUUCAGCCUGAUGGCUCCCCUCACCUCUGGUGUCCACCACCGAGUUCGGGGAUUACCGCCACGACGGGCACCAGCGACCUUGCAGCUGCAGCUUGCAACUGCUGCUUCAACAAGGGCAGAGCGGAACAAAGCCCAUUCGAACUUAAUGUCCCCCUCCACCCCCGAGAUGCAGUUGAAGCUCUGUCGGAGGUGGGAUUUGAAAGCCAACCUGACGGGUUCUUCCACCAGGCGUUCCCAACAGACCCUCACUAUACGUUUGGGCCUGCUAGGUCUACAUGGUGGCUUCCCCCGCCGCCUGACCCAACUCACCACCAGGUAGUGAUCAGUUGACAGCUCUGCACCUCUCUUCACCUGAGUGUCCAAAACAUGCGGCCGCAGGUCAGCUGAUACGACUACAAAGUCGAUCAUUGACCAUGGCCUAGACCGUCAUGGUGCCAGGAGCACCGAUGAGCAACCUUAUGCUCGAACAUGGUGUUAGUUAUGGACAAACUGCGACUUGCACAGAAGUCCAACAACUGAACACCACUCAAGUUCAGAUCAGGCAGACCGUUCCUCCCAAUCACGCCCCUCCAGGUCUUGCUGUCAUUACCCACGUGAGCGUUGAAGUCUCCCAGCAGAACAAUGGAGUCCCCAGUCAGGGCGCUGUCAAGCAUCCGUCCUAGGACCUCCAAAAAGGGUGGGUACUCUGAACUGUUAUUAGGUGCAUACGCACAGACAACAGUCAGGACCUGUUCCCCUACCCGGAGGCGCAGGGAAGCAACCCUUUUGUCUAGCUGAGAAAACCCCAGCGUCCCCGCAGUGAGCUUUGGGGCGAGCAAGAAUCCCACCCCCGCUCUCCGCCUCUCACCCUGAGCGUGGAAGAGUGUCCAACCCCUCUCAAGGACUUGGGUUCCAGAACUAACGCUAUGCGCAGAGGUGAGCCCGACUAUAUCUAGACGGUAGCGCUCAACCUCCCACACAGGCUCCAGCUCCUGGUUCGCCGCCCAAUCCGUCAAGCACCGGACCCUUCAAGUUCCUCCUGUGGGUGGUGGAUCCACAGGAGGCGGUGCCCAUGCGGCUCAUUCGGGCUGAGCCUGGCCAGGCCCAAUGGGUGCAGGCCCGACCAACAGGCGCUCACUGGCGAGCCCCAACCCUGGGCCUGGCUCCAGGGUGGGGCCCCGGUGUCCCUCCAGGCCGAGUACACUGUUCCCCUUUGAUGUAUUCCAUUAGGGUCUUCUGAACCGUUUUUAGUCUGACCCUUCGCCUAGGACCAAUCUGCCUUGGGAGACACUACCAGGGGCAAAAGCCCCGGACAGCAUAACCCCUAGGUUCAUUAGAGCACGCAAACUCCUCUACCACGGUAAGGUGACGGUUCACCAGAAAGUAUGACGAAGGAAUUGGAGGGUCGUAUGAGUUUCAGGAUGGCAGGUCAAUUUCAAGAAAUGCCCCCACUGGAGUACCCGAGAGCAGGCGGCAUCUGGAAAAAAAAAAAACUGUUGGGGGGGGUCCAGUCUUGGGGUCCGGUUGUUGCUUUCGUGCCUCCCGAAGGGAGGCAGUGGAGACUAGAGAGUGCAUCUGGUUUUGUGCAAGGGAUCCAGGGUGAUAUGACAGGCAGAAGUUGAACCGGCUUAGGAACAGUGCCCAACAGGCUUGACAGGGGUUGAGACGUUGGGCAGAAUGUAGGUAGGCAAGGUUUUUGUGGUCUGUCCAAAUAAUAAAAGGAUGCUGAGAGCCCUCGAGCCUGAAGCGUUCAAACCACAGCAAGUAACUCUUCAUUACCCACAUCAUAGUUCUUUUCUGCAGGGGACAGACAGCAUGAAAAGAGAGCACACUUCUGUGUCUGUGGGUCCCUUUUAGAGAGUACAGCCCCUGCUCCCGAGUCAGAAGCAUCAACUUCCACCACAAAUUGAAGAGAGGGAUCCGGAUGUCUUAACACUGGUGCUUAAGUGAAUAGGGACUUUUAACUGUUAAAGGCAGAGGCAGCUUCCGGGGACCACUUAAAGGGGAUGAUGGAGGAGGUUAGCUGAGUGAGAGGGGAUGCUACUUUGCUAUAAACUCUGAUGAAUCUCCUGUAGAAGUUUGCAAAUCUGAGGAAUCUUUGGAGGUCUUUGCGGGAGGUAGGGAUGGGCUACUCAGUUACAGCCUGUAUUUUGGCGGGAUCAGGUUGUAAUUGUCCUUGGGCUAUGAUGUAACCGAGGAAGCUGACUGAGGAAGAGUGGAAAUCACAUUUCUCAGGUUUCACAUAGAGUCAAUUCUCUAGGAGUCGCUAGAGGACAGGGCGGUCGUGUUGUCUGUGCUCCUCAAGGGAGUGGGAGAAGAUGAGGAUGUCAUCGAGGUAAACAAAGAUAAACCUGUUUAACAUGUCCCGCAGAACAUCGUUGAUGAAAGCCUGGAAGAUGGCUGGGGCAUUGGUGAGUCCGAAAGUCAUGACGAGGUACUCAAAGUGUCCCAAGGGGGUAUUAAAAGCUGUCUUCCACUCAUCUCCUUCCUUGAUUCUGAUGAGAUGGUAAGUGUUUCUGAGGUCCAGUUUGAUGAAAAUCUUGGCAUUGCACAGGGGUUCAAAACGACGGGUCGAUGAGAGCAAGAGGGUAUUUGUUUUUGACUGUGAUGUCAUUCAGGCCUCGGAAAUCAAUACAGGGGUGUAGGGAGGAAAAAUCCUGCUCCGAGAGGGGAGGAGGAAGGACGUACGAGGCCUGUGGCUAAGGAGUCUUGGAUGUAAGUUUUCAUUGCUUCUUUCUCUGGGUGUGACAAGUUGAACAGACAGUUACUGGGGCGGCAGUAGCUCAGGAGGUAGAGUGGUCAUCCAAUGACUGGAAGGUUGGCGGUUCGAUUCCCCCCUAUCCCAAGUCUGUCUGUUGUGUCCUUGGGCAAGACACUUAACCCCCCUUGCUCCCAGUGUGUGUCCUCCACAGAUGUAUGAUUGUGAGUGUUGUGUGGUGGUGGUCGGAGAGGCCGUAGGCGCAAAAUGGCAGCCACGUUUCCGUCAGUCUGCCCUAGGGCAACUGUGACUACUAAGGUAGUUUACCACCACCAAUCCACCAAAGAGAGCGUGCCAAUUCCUUGCUGAAGACAGUAGCAAUGUCAUGAUAGUCCUUGGGGACUGAGGUAAGGUCAGGUGGUGAAGGGCAAACAAGGGACAGCGGGAGAAGGGAUAUGCUGAGCGAAGGCAGUGUGAGUGACAGUGGACACUCCAAUAGUGAGAUAGUGGCAGUUUUCCAGUUCAUUUGAGGAUUGUGAAGUUGAAGCCAGGGGAGACCAAGAACUAUGGGUGAGUUUAGGGAAGGAAUGACAUAAAGUCUUCUCUAUGGUUUCCAGAUAUGAUAAGUGUCAAGGGGAUGGUACGGUGAGUGACUUCAGCUAUUAAUCUGCCGUCUAAGGCAGUGAUAAUCUUGGGACUGGGCAGGGUCUCUAGGGGAAGGUUUGGCUGUUUCACCAGUUUGUCAUGAAUGAAAUCGUCAUCGGCUCCGGAAUCUAUGAGGACUUGCAGAGGAAAGGAAUCCUUCUCCCAGAGGAUGCAGGACGGAACAGAGAUCUGUUUAGGAGAGCUGGGGGUAGAGGUGGUUUGACUCAUCAUUUGCACUCUCACUUACUAAUGAACUUGAUUUGGUCAACAGGCAGAAGGCAAGGAAAUGGCCAGCUUGACCACAAUACAGAGUUUUUGAUGGAUUCUUCUUUGCCGUUCCCUGGGGAGCAGCUUCACCCUACCCAGCUGCUUGGGUUUCUCUUGGGGAGUCGAGGGGCUGACCUGGGAACCGGGCUUGUGUGAGGGAUUCUCCAGGCCAGCAGAGGGAGCCAAACUAUGGGGCCUGACUACCCUGUGUUGACCAUUCUCCCUGCGUCUCUCCCUGAGGCGAUUGUCUAUACGAAUGGCCAACAAAAUAAAUUCCUUGAGUGAGCCGGGCUCAUCCGGAGAUGCCAGUUUAUCUUUCAGUUCAUCUGAUAAACUCCUCAGGAAAACUCCCCUGAGUUCUAGUUCAACCCAACCAUUCUCUGAGGCUACAAUACGGAAAUCUAUAGAAAAAUCAGCAUCUGACUGAGGUCCCUGAGAGAGAGAGAGAGAGAGAGAGAGAGAGAGAGAGAGAGAGAGAGAGAGAGAGAGAGAGAGAGAGAGAGAGAGAGAGAGAGAGAGAGAGAGAGAGAGAGAGAGAGAGAGAGAGAGAGAGAGAGAGAGAGAGAGAGAGAGAGAGAGAGAGAGAGAGAGAGAGAGAGAGAGAGAGUGAGAGAGAGAGAGAGAGAGAGAGAGAGAGAGAGAGUGAGUAAGUAAGCGUUUACCUGCCUCUUGACCCUGUAGGAGGUGAUCAGACACUUUGCAUAACUCAUCAGAAAAAUUAGGUCAAGGCAGGAGACCCCUGUUCCCAAACUGCUGUAGCCCAUUUAGCUGCCUUGCCUCUUAAUCACAAAUUAAUCACGAGGGCUUUUUAGCUCUAUCAGAAGGAUAGCUAUGAGGCUGCUGAUCAAACACUGAAGAACAUUGCAACAAAAAUCUACUACAAUUACCUAUCUCCCCUGCGUAAGGCUCAGGAGGGGAAACAAAAGGCUCUUUAUGAUGGAGAGGGAGUUGAGAGGAAGCCGCAAUAUCAGGUGAGGGAGCUGUACUCACAGAGGGGUCAUUAGUCGAGGUGCUGGGAAAUAGAUUGGGAGUCUGAAGUUGAUCUGACAGGAGGGAGAUCUGGGUGCUGAGAUUCAGUAAUGUUUCCAUGAUUCCUUGAAGCAUGUUUUCAUGCUGUCCAAGAUGGAUUCCCUGGUUGGUGAGGGCCAUUCUGAUUGAGUCUGGGUUUGCUGGGUCCAUGGUUGGCCAGAGUACUCUGUUAGGAAUGAUGUGGAGGGUUUGUACCCAAAAUGUAAAACCAGACUGAGAAAAGCUAAAACAGGUUUAUUUCUGAGAUAAUAUGGGUGAGGGUUGUGUGCAAUAAUACUCUGGCACUGAGGCUUGUGACUGCAGCGGUCUUAAAGCUGGCUUGAUUGCAGAAUGGAUACAGGUGAGUCUCCUCAGCACCUCAGGUGGGGGAAGGGAGCAGCCUCUGGAAAAGGUGAAGUGAGAAGCACAACCCACACAGGAAACAGGAUCUCUAACCCAAAUAAAAUGUGAAAAUUUCAUGUUCACCACAUUAUGUCAGUAUGACAUCUCAGCCUCUGAUUGUUUUUUUUUUUAGUUGUAAUAGGAAAGGUCUCAGUGAAGUGAGCUUAUCAGCAGGGCAGCAGCAGCAUGAAACUGGUCAAAUUCAGUAGCAGAGAUGUCACAGACAAAACAACAAUAAGGAGUCAAAUGAAUAAAGAGGUAAACUAAAAUCUAUAAUAAAUAUGGGGUUUUGGCAGACUGACAGGACUUCAUAGAAAUACUGAACAAGAAAAACUCUUGAAAAACCAUAAAAGGCUGGAAAGAGUAGAUGAAACCCAAGAAACACAGGUAUGAGGAGAAGAUGAACCAUUUCAAUAAAGCUUGUAAAUAAAUAUGUUUUACAAUAAAGGCAUGUCCAGAGGAAGCUCAAACAUUUGUAGCUGUAUGGUGACUAAAGGAUGUCAAUUCAAAUGUCUUUGUUUCACAGCAAUGACAUAAUAAUGAUGAUGAUAAUAAUAAUAAUAAUAAUAAUAAUAAUAAUCAGAAACCCCCGUUUCUGUUUUUAGGCUAUGUUUAAAAAACUCUUAAGAAAUGCAGUUUUUAAAGAAACAUUACACAUGGGUAGUUAUAAAACAAUCAGUUAACAAACAAGACCCCAGCCUAUUAUAAUCUCAAGAAAACAAAAGAUGUUUCGCCCACUGACCUAAAAAUCAGUGGGCUGAUCCCCACAUUCCCCCUCUAAAGGGAGAGUCAAACAUACAGCUCUGUUUCUUUAAUUAAUUAUAUCUGGAUGGAUCUGAUUUCUUGAGACGUAUCUAAGUAGCAAUAGAAAUAUAUCAAAAUCUUUAAUAAAAAAACAAAUGAAGCUGUUACAGCGGGAAAAGAGAUCAAGUAAAUACACUGAUACCUAUACUGGGUUUCCGUUAAAUCAUACUCCAAGAAGAAGCAAUUACUUUGAUAGGUCAAACCGGAAGCUACGUAGGAUUAUCUGGUCUGUAGCAGAUCGUGGAUGCUGAAGCCUAUAAACAGGAUAUUACUGACCCAUAAACUCUGCGAUUAGUAAUAAUUAGAGCAUAGUGUCUUAAUUAGAUACCUUUCAGUACAGUUUAAAGGGUUACUUGCCUUAAAUUAGCCUUGUUUUUUUAUUUAUUUUUUUUUAUCGCGGGAAUCACAGACUGGCUCGAUGGGAAUCUCGCCCUGAUGGUUUUUCACUCGAGCUGCUGUCACUGGAUAACUCCUCUCGGAUAGCCUGGAGGAACAAGUAUUGUUUCAUCGCAUAUUUUGCUGCUGUGAUAUCGUUGGUGUGGAGAUAAACCUUAGUCGCAUGGUGCUGUGAUACGUCCUCUUGUUAAAUUGUAGGGAUAGUGAAACCAACGUCACACGGGCACGGCGACCGCUCUGGUAAGAUACCUGUUCAUCUCCGGUGUUCUGUCCAGUUUAGCUGCCCUGUAAAAAUGCUACUGUAGCGUUAAUCGAUAGAUGAGACUCUCACAUAAUGCGCAAAGUGCAUCAUCGCAUUCGUACUACACAAAUGUGUAAUUUAGUUGACCUGUAAUUAAUGCAUUCUGACUUGAAACAAAUCCUUUAUUAGAUUAUCUUUGGUCGUGAUGACAAGUGCCCAGGAUUGUGUCUCUGCGCAGGCGCUUGUCUGCGCAGAGCCGUUUAGCAGCAGGGGUAGCACUGUGCGUCAGAACACCGAGGGAUUAACCGUUAGCUCGUCGCGCCUCAAGCUAGCAGUCACCUACACAUGCAUAUGACAUACUAGCAAAGUCUGUGCGAACCUGUGGCUGGAUGGGAAGCUGCUAUGAUUUUAUGACCGGACGUUUGUCUUAAUUACUUUAUAAGGGGUUAAGUAAGCCUCCAAAUUGAAUUGUUCUGAACCUUUGUCAGUCUGUUGGCAAUUACGCACAGGGGCGUGUCCAGAGAGAUGGCCAGGGGUGGCAAGAGCCCACUAUUUAAAUUUGACUGAAAUCUAUGUAAUAUAUCCUACAUAAUCUGAGGGGAUUUAACAUCCACAUUUUUUGAGUACAUGGAUUUGGACUCCUGUUUUCCAUCUCAGGGGGAUAUUUUUGGGCACUAUGACAGGUUAAUCUUAUCAGAAAACCAUCUUUAUAGUAUAAACUAGUAUGCAGCUUACACUUAGACACCAGCUGAGCAGAGAUAUUACUGUACUGAAAGUACUGAAAAGGAAACUACAUACAGGAAAAGGCACUACAUACCACAAGAGCUAAUGUUUCCAGCACCCAGAUAUUAUUUAAUAACCAAUACAGUGUACCUGCUCCAAAUGUGAUCCAUUACAGCUUUUUGGUUUAACAACAAAAAUCCACUGGGACUUCAAUAAAGGUCCGCCCAAAAAACUAGAUUUCCAAACAGUAUCCCUGGACAUCAUUGGCCUGAUUUGCAUGAUUUGCCCAGGACUUCCUUACGCCGAUCUUAUAAGCUACAUCAAAUCGGCUUUUAUUUUGCAUUUUAUGCAAUUUGUAUGAUCAGCCAUAAUGUCUUAAUUCACUGAUCCAAUCAAUGACGUCCUUAUCUUUUAGGGACUUUUUUUGCAGAUGCUCCCAUUGCAUACAUUGCAGAUGGCAUAUGUUUUAUCACUCUCAUUUACUGUGCAGAAGUUUAAUUGAACCGACAUUUGUUUGCUUGUGAUGAUUCAAGUUUAAAAAAACCUUAUUGCCAGUCACAUAGUGACAGGCUCAAAACAAUCGCCACAAAGAUGUAAGCACAUAAGACUAAUGAUAGAUGGUUGGUUUUGCUUUAAACAAACAAAGCAAAACAGAUAUGUCUCAUCCAUUUAAAUGUUUUUAUAUGUUUUUGUGGACUUUACGUUUUGAGCUUUAUUACUAUGUUAUGGACAGUAAUAGUGGAUUACAAACAGACGUUGGCGGUGUGGAAAUUCUUUACCGUGAACCAGAAAGAUAAAACACAAGCUGUAUGCAACCUCUGCAACAUUUCAGUACCCCGGGGUGGAACAUCUACAAAUAGGUUGAACACGACUGAUAAAAUCAGGCACUUAGACAAGGAACUCAAUGAAUAGCAUGCUGAGUUAAUAAAAAAAAAAAAAACGACACUGAAACGACUACAGCAAAUGACUUAAGACCAUGCCUGGUCAUACAGAAGGCGAAGGAGUGGGAGUACAAGCAAACUAAUGGAAUUUACUGUGCUGGCCACCCUACUGUUCAGUAUAAUUGAGAACCUGUAUUCCAAUGCUUGCUGGCGUACUUUAAUUCCGCACUAUGUCCUCCCAGGACACAUACUGGGGCGAUACUGGUCUCGCUAUCUUGCCUGUGCAAGUCCAGCCAAAACAAUCUAUGCAUGCUCUGUAGGCCUGUCACGAUAACAAAUUUUGCUGGACGAUAAUUGUGCUACAAAUUAUCGCCGAUAAACGAUAUUAUUGACACCGUUUUUUAAAUUAUAGAUAAUGAUAUUAUAUGGCAUAAUAAUGCGAGUACACCAUGUCAAAAGUGAUAAACUUUAAUUUCCACACGAGAACAACACUGGUUGUUUUCGUUGACUAAAAUAUUUCCCUUUUCUCCCACGACGAAGACGUAACGUUGACGAGCUAAACAUAAGUCGGAGAUGACUAAAAUGUGACGAGACAAAAGUGCGUUUACGUUGAUGGGACGAGACGAAAAUGACGAACAGAGUUGCAAAACUCAGUCAGUUAAACGCUAAACAUAUAGGAGCAGCUUCAGUCCACUCUGACAGCUCUCAUCAUCCUGCUGUGCUCCUCCAACACACAGACGCACGCGCGCGCGCGCACACACACACAAGUUUUGUGGUUGACGAAAGCAGAAAUAUUCCCACACUUGGGCUGUUGCGUUCGGUUAAGACACCAAAGCUGUCGUGUUCAUUCUGUUUGCUUGCUUUUCACUCACGACGCUCACUUGCAGCACUGUAUCCAAAAGUCUGUGUCUGUGUGCCUGUGCGCGCCAGCCCCCUCGUGACAAAGACACUGAAUGACUGACAGGAGGGUUCACUAACUCCGUUCAUUCCGCUAUAGAGCCAACGCCCCCAGGUGCCGAGAACAAUGCGCAGAGUGAGACCUCUUCUCUAAUCCAGCAUGUUUGGUAGCGAGAGAGGAGGAAAACAAACGCACGUUAAUUAUCGAGGCUGGCAAAAUGACCGACCUCGUUUUUAUUUAUCGAGCGAUAAGGUGAUUUAUUGAUUAUCGCGACAGGCCUAAUGCUCUGUACUCUUCUGUCUUUUGAUGCAUUUCCAAGGCAGCGUUACAGUGCAUCUUACUGACUUGGCACAUUGUUUUUAGUGGUUUUGUGUUUACGCAAAUAUUUCCUGGAACGAUUUCGUAUUUAUGGAAAACUUUUAAAGCGAAACAGCAAUAUAUCAUUUUUGUCACCGUUUGGACAAGGUCUGAGCUAAACUGCGAUGUGUAUUAUCAUGUCGAGAGCCGUGGAUGCCCUCUAGUGGUUACUGAUGUUUAACCUUUCAGUCAGUUUGGGGUAAAAAUUGUCAAACAUAGUUAAAAAAUAUUUAGGGAUAUGUUUUUUUUAAAACUCAGUGAACAGUACAGAAGUGUAUACAGUCAAUAAACAAGUUAUAAAUAGACAUAUUGCUACUUCAUGUGAUCAGUGUGUGAUUGGUCAUUGGUAUACAAACUGAUCAAUCAGUGAUCGGUCCCAAAAAUCUUGAUUGUGUAAGGCCUAGAUGUAACCAACUCUUUGAGGUGUGUUGUGGCAGGCUGCUGGUAGCAUUCUUUGUAUGAAGAUGUGGCACUUUGUUUCUUUGAUACUUGACUCUGACAUCCUUGCUAGAAAGAUAUUCUGGUUCCCCAGACUGCCCUGAAAAUUAAAAAAAAAAAAAAAGACCUAUAUUAUGGUUGUGCAUUACUUUGGUGAGGAUGUACAUGGCUUUUUACACCGGGAGCGUGGCCUUGAAAAAUUCAAAAGAAAGGUCUGUAGAUCUCAGAGGGUUAAUGAGAGAAAAUCAGAUUCACUGGACAGAUGUUGAGGGGAUGUUCAGUUCAUCAACUGUGUGAGUUUGCAUGGAAUUUCUACAAGACUUUUUCCUUUAAAUGAUGAUUCUCUAUAUAAAUCCUUCAUGAAUAAAAGGUUAGGAGAUAAUAUGUCACCACUCUUUUGUUACUCAGGGUUCAGAACUGCAAACAUAAGUUUAACAUCUAUGUGAUAGCGACCAGUAAAUGUUAUUAGUCAGGGUCCAGGGAAGGUUUAAGUAGUAGUAACUUGAGUUAUAAAUAAAUGAUAUGUUUUGUGUUACGUGUAAAAAAAGGCCAGGACCCAAUAUUGCGGAGACAAAAUCACCAAAAGUUUAACAAAAAUAUCAGCAAGAAAAAAACAAAAAAACAUAAAAUCACCACACAGGGUAAAAAGGCUCGGGGGGGCACGGAGCGCUACUGAAACAGAAGAAAAACAAGUGUCAGGAAAAAUUACAGAAAAGCUCAAACAACCUCUGACACUAAAAGUACAACUUAAAUAGACCGUGUGGGGCAAGUAACAAAGGAAUAUAAAGUCAACUCGAAAGUUCAACAGAAAACAAAAGACAAACUGAAAAUCACCUAAGAAAAAUGAGAGGGAAAAAACUAGACCUAUAAAAGUACAAAACAACUGAGACAAAGUGACAAACAAACUUACAAAAGACACAAAGGCAGACUGGAGGUCACGAGAGGUACAGAGUGAUUCGGCUCGAGAGGAAGACUAAGAUAAUCAUCCGGCAAAGAGCAGGACAGGGAUCUGGCUUUUAAAGGCCAGCUGAUGAGCACAAUGAGGUGCAGGUGUGUUCCUGAUCAGCCGAGCCAGCUCCGCCUCCUGCCAUGCUCCAGUGCUGCAGGAAGAGAAAGAGAGAGCACACAGACAACCAAAACAUAAAGAAACAGCCCUGGACAUUUUGCUGUGUGUUAGACAGGCUGUACUACAGCAAAAGAUUCCUAUUUACUAGUAUGGAAAUAUAAAUUGUGACUAACUGAUUCUAAAGGGAAGAACAGUCGCAGAAAAAAAGCCCAAGCCAGCUCAUGGAUUCCAAUUCCUAAUGACUCCUUAUUUCGAUUCCAAACAGGUGAACGGAAGCUAAAUGAAAAUUUAGGAGACUGUUGCAAACUAAACAGCAACAUCAACAUCAUGUAAAUACAUAUAAUAGAUGAGAAUGUAAAAUUAAGUACAUAAGGUAAGAGAUGCUUCUGAUAAAAUGCUUCUAAUGCUUCUCUUCUAUCGUUUGGCCACUGUUAGGGAAAGCCACAGCGGUGCUUGCUCUGGGGCUUGAUGUCUCACACCGCAAGACAUCAAACACUGCACAGUCCUGAAGUUCAAUGCCAUGAAGUCUUAAAUGUCUUGUCAGGUUGGAAGUGCAACCUGUCUUGCAGCUUAUUAACUUCCCACAUGUGCUGCACUGUUGCACCAGACUGUGUGUUUACUCAUAGCUUUGGUGGAGAUGGAAUAGCAGGAGAGUGAUCCUUGACAGUUAAAUUUAUCUGGGGUGAUUUAAUGUGCUCUGAACUCUUGUUUUUGUUCCCACACCAUUGUCAAAAGAUUGAAAGAUUUCUUGAGCAUGUGCCUUCAGUAGUUAAAGGUGAAAUUGUCUUUAACUUAGCAUACAAAUACUCUGUUUUGAUGUAACAUAUGACCACAUUUGUUUGUCAAGUCAACUCACACCCAGUGGAUGGUGAUUCCUCUCUCUCUGGCCUGUUUGUCUCGGUGGGUUUCAGUCUGUGUGGUUGCUUGGCUGUAGAGUCAAUAUAAUUCCCAGAUCAGAUAAUGCUGUAAGGGUGUGCAAUUAUUAAAGCAGGUACCAAGAAAGAUAUGUAGGAAGCAGAAUUAUUUUCUCAUGCAGAAAAUGCUUUAAGAUCAUCCUUUAUUAUUGAGGUUUAGACUCAUCAGACAAUCUGUCAGAUAUAUUUAAAACCAAGAAAACAAAAAUAUGAUGAAGUAAGCAAGAACACAACUUAUUCUUCACAUUGCUUGAACCACAAAUAACACAUAUCAUUUGACUAGUUGUUGUAUUUGAAGAUGGAUGUUUUCAGACAGCACAAAGUGUUCACUCUGCUUUCCUUUCUGUUGUCUUGUAUUAGCUUGAAACAAAGACAUUUGAAGACUGUUAAUGUGUUGUGAAAAGUGAGUAGGUGUUGGUGUUGACAUUGCCCUGUUUUCUCCCUCUCUUUUUUUUAAGUGAUGGAUAAUGCUCAUACAAAGACAGUGGAGGAGGUUUUGGGCUUCUUCACCGUAAACGAGUCAACAGGUCUAAGCUGUGAGCAGCUGAAGAAGAACAGGGAGCGAUGGGGACCCAACGGUACCAGACAUCAUUAUCAUUAUAUCUCUUUAGAAUAAUAAAAUAGACUGAACUAAAAAGCCAUCAAACUGCAAAUAUUCAUAUAAAAAUAAUACAUAUCUUUUGUAACUAACCAUCGCACCCUGUGAUGUUUGAAUGAUCACAUUGCUAUAACUCAGUUAUUUCAUGGAUUAAUAAAAAGAAACAAAUUAAUUACUCCAUAUACAUUAAAGCCAAAUAAACAUUCUUUUCCCCACAAAUAACAUUUUUUUGAGGGACUUGAAAUGAAUUAAUUCAAGGACACAGAAGUAUCAGGUUAUGCUAAACAUGGCGAUUCCACAUUUAAAGCUAAUGUGUGUAACUUCUAUCGCCCCCUAGAGGAUUUCUGCGUUAUUACAACAAUACAGCCAGCUCUUCAAUAUGACGUAUGGCCUGGUGUAACCCGUACAAGGAGUAACACUCGCGACUCACUGCACACUGCUCAUCACGUUACACGGACUAUAACUGUCUACACAUUGUUUAGGUCACUAAAGUUACUUGUCACAGCACACAGUUACACAUAGCAACAUGAACCAAACACCUUGUAAGUUAUUACUUAUUAGGCUAACAAUUUGGCGAACACCAGGCUGCGAAUAAUACAUGACAUUUAUAGCGCCAUUUACGAGAAAAUAAUUUCCAGGGGCUGGGGGUAGAUAGCCUGGGGCCGGGGUGGAGAUACAGGGCUGGAGGUAAAGAUCUAGGGGUUGGAGAGCCGGGGAUAAGUAUUCAAUCCAGUACAUGUAACAGCAACACAUCCUGCUUGUGAUAAACAAAGUCACUGACUUGGCCAGCAGGAUCAAGGUAACAUUGGUGUCGGACCUCAGUCCAAUCUCCUCCUUCAGGGCUCUCCAUAGAGGAAAAGCGAAGCUGAUGCAAAUCCGCAUUCAUCUUCUCCGUUUGUCACUCUCUUUCUUCGCCAACAGACUAGGAUCCACUUCUAACCCUUUUGGUCGCUUCUUUGGGUUCUCCACCAUGUUGCGUCUUGCAGCUUCAUUUCCUGAGCGCAAGCACUGGAAUUUCGCCACUGACACCAAAUACAAGAAGAAGUACUGAAAAAUACUGCAAGGUGUUAGAGGAGCCGAGUGGCUUAAUUAGCAUCGUAUCAUCUCUUGUAGUGGCUCGGGUGAAACGGAUAUUUACAAACACGCUAAAGUUACGCACUAUAGCUUUGAACACUAGUUGAUGAGUGAUUGGAUUUAACUUCCGAUCAAAAAGGGGAUAAGACAGACAUGUUAUCAUUUAGAUUAGAUGUUUGUAACACUGGCCAAAUUAAUCAGAAAACCAGUGAAUUGCUCUAUCCCAACUUCUGGGUAUUCUGUAAUAUAAUUUGUUCAGAUGUCAGCUGAUGACAUUUGUCUUCUUUUCUAUCUGUUUUUUCUUUUGCCUGCAGAAUUGCCAGCUGAAGAAGGUAAGCAAUCGUCCUGUUUUACUAUUUUCUACUCUGUCUCUCUUUGUCUUCUUUUUUCUCACUGCCAAAAGUUACAAAGGCUAAGAGUGUCCAUAGAGAAAAAAGGAAGAACAUCUACAGCAAUAUGUGACUGCUCUGUCUGCUCAGAAUGAUAUGGUGUCAGAUUGCUCAUUGUGACUCAUUAUGAAUGAUGAUUUCUUCAAUUAAAAGUUACAUAUCAUCAUUGACUACUGAAAGGGAGCAAUCCUGAUCUCUGAUCAUCCAAGCCCUACAUAAAUGGUCAGUUUAUGUGCAGGGAAGAUAUAUUUGAAAUAUCUUGAAACAAAUGUAAGCUACAGCAGUGGUCCCCAACCUUUUUUGUGCCACAUACCACUUAGUUGUCAAACAAUAUUUUCAUGGACUGGCCUUUAAGGUGUGGCGGAUAAAUACAACAAAAUUAAAAUUAUUUGACCUGCAUAAAAACUGUGAUAUUCUCACAAUACAGUAAUAAAACUGAAUCCACUGUGUACUCCUUUGCAACCUGCUUAGCAGCAUCCUUGUAACAUUGCGCCGACAGCACAACAUGAGUAACAUCCUCUCUGCCCCCUGACACUCUCUGGUCUCUAUCGUAACAUCUAAACAUACCUUCAAAAUAACAUACACAACAAAAACAAAUGUUAAGUGCAUGAAAAAUACAACUUAUCAUAACGCUGAACCAGUGGAAGCCCUGAGCUUGUCGCUUUGCCACAAGACAGUCCCAUCUAAGAGUAAUUGAGGACAAUGACUCCUGAAGUGUUUUGCUUAUGUAAGGUCUACUCAGUAUUUUUUUUUUUUACAAACCCCACUUCACAUGGAUAGGACUCAUGGUAUUGUCUCCUUUUUUCUUUAAAGUUGUAGGCUCUUCUUCUGUCUCCUCACUGGGCCUUUUCCUCUUUGCAAAGAACCUCUCCAAAAACAUUUGUUUAUUACUCAUUUUGCUAGCUUGUAGGUUUAAUUUUCACGGUAAUGUAAAAACGUGACCGACACAAUCAUCUUGACUCUUGACGCACCAAGAAUGAGUCAUAGACAGAUGUAACGGAGAGAAUCUGGUCUUUUUUCAAGAUUGAAUAUUAUUGAAACUGAAAUAACAAAUAAAACAGAAAUUAUGUUAUUGAUAUUUUCUGUGCGGCCGGGUACUAAAUGACCCGCUGAACAGUACCGGUCUGCAGCCCAGGGGUUAAGGACAGGUGAUGCAUCCAACUGACCUGUUUUAAGAGAACAUCUGAAAAAUGUCACCCAUGAAAAAGGGUGUCAACUGUCCAAAAGAAAACCUUAUCCUAACAUCACCUUAAUGGACUGCACUGUAUAUAUACUGAGUACAUUUGUGGUACUGAGCAUCUUAGCGCUGUCCAAGGUGCUGAGCCUGCUGCUGGGAGCUGCCAGGAAGCUUCUCAGAGAGCUCUCUUCUUCCCGAGUCAACAAGACAGACAGACAGCUCCUCUUAAGCACAACUUGCUAACAGGUGCCUGUUCUAACCCAGUUCCUUUCUGUGCAGGGAAUUACAACUCAUACAGCUACAUCUCCACAUCUGACAAUUUAUAUCCCAUGGAAUCACAUAGAAUCUGCUAUAACACUGUUCAGAGAGCCAACACUGGCAUGUUACUGCCCGACUGUGUGAUUUUACAUGGCACCAUCUGAAAGCAAUUUGAAGACAUGUAACACAACAAAGGGGACAACAUAUGGACACGUAACAAAUAUGUCUUGCAUCUUUAUGAGGGGUUUGCUAUCUGCUCUGAAGGUAAGAAGCUGCAGGACUUCACAGUCAUUAUAAGAACUGGUGGAUAUUUGUAGAGUCCGCGAGAUAACCCUCUGUCUUUUUUUUUUUUUCAAUUCGUUUGUAAAAACACUGCACAAAACAUCACACCCCUGUCCCAUCCUGCCUGUUCCAAGAUUUGAACCUUUGGUAAUUGCCAUAAGUACCUCCCAGCUUCAACCUUAGGAGUGAAUGAUUGAGCCCCUAUUUGAUAUUUUUAUCCUCCAUCCAGAACAGAGUAAUUUAGCCACAGCUCCAUCUUACUCAGGCUAACAGAGGCUGCAGAAUACAAGAAACAGUCAUGCUCAUGAUGUUUGUAUGAGCAUGUCUGGAUACCUCUGCAAGUAUGUUGGGUCAUCCAAGAUAGUUUUUUAGCUCAUGUAACUCAAGAGAAAUGUUAUCUUGCCCACCAUACUAUAGUACAUUAGGUGCUCUUGAUGUUCACAAUAGGGGUUUGACAACUUCUUAUUUUUACUAGUGGCCAAGUUUUCCAAAAUAUUCACUGGGUGGCUAUGGAAGAAAGAGCAGAAAUAAUGGUACAAUUAAAACUGUCUUCUAUGAUGCUAACAACUCAAGCAUUCACAGUAAGGUAUCUGCAUUAAAACACAAGAAAGAAAAAAUCACAAUGAAAAGUAUUAUAGUCAUACAGCUUUAGGGCUGCUGCUAGCCCCCUUACUUGUGGCUAUAACUGUUGGAUUUACCCAGAAUUUCCACCGUAUAUGUAUAAACAUCUGCCAAUUCCUACCGGAUCUGAUUGUGAGGCGAAUUUCGUGGCGGAUUACAGCAGUAACGCGAGAAGUCACACGAACCUGUGACGUGAUUCACGUGCAAUCGUGCGAUAACAAGUUGUCUCUAUAAAGACAGCCAUAUAACCAUGUAAGCUGUAGAUUGUGUCCUUCCAGAGGAGGAAAUCUACUUCUAGACUUUUAGAAUUAGCAUCUGCUCAUCCAUGGUGUCAUCGAGGUGAGCGGCACAGCCCGGCGUAAGUAUCCCCCCUCCCUAACUCAACUCCUCCCAGCAGUGUAAGUCGUAGGAAGGGAGCAGAGAGGGGGUGGAGUGGGUUUAACACAGCCGAGACCUGUAUUGACCAAUAACAUCAGCUCCUUUCUUCACCUUUAAAUCCGCCACCGGUGAGAUGUAUUACUAUUUUCGUGACGUAGUCAAAGAGAUCAAGAGAUGUCUGCAAACAGCAAUGCCACACAAUGGCGACAGAAGGCAGCCCCUCAACAAGUGUCGGUGUAAACGCUGCAUUGGGCGUCCUCCACACUGUCUCAAAUAAGCACAGAUGGAUUUGGUGUGUGUAAUGUUGGACCCACUAGUAAGACAAACACCCUUUUCCACAAAUAAAGACACUCACAUAAAGUUGCAUAUAUUUAAACCUCACGUGACAAAGGUGGGUUGUGUGCAGAGAUCACAUCAUAAAUUCCAAUAAUGGCAUUAAAAUCAGAACCAUCUGUGCGUAAAUGAAGCAUCGCACUCCGUGGACUGGCUGUUUCUUUCAUAGAUGUUGGCAUAUAAAAUAAAUUUGGCUCACAAAACUGAAUAUUAUAAUAUUCGUAUGUAGGCUUAAAGUAAAUAACUCAUCUGAUCACUGAAACAAAUCAUCUGUUCAGCCGCUGCAGCAGCAGCUGCAGCAGGACGGGGAGAGGACACAGAGACAUGUCCAGGUUGAGCUGCGCGAGAAAUAAGAGGAAGAGGAAUAAAGAAAAGGAGGGAGACGAAUUACAUAUCUUGUUCACUUCAUCAUGUGUGUUUAUUUACUAGAUAUUUCAUUUAAAUUAAUGCGGUUUCAGCUGUGUUGAUUCGGUCAGGUUGUGUGUCCAAACGCGUGCCAAACGCGCUCAUCAGAUCAGAUAUAGAUCACAAUAUAUCUAUAUAGAUCUAAAUGUAUGUGCUGACUCAGAUUAUUAUUAGCGGGGUCUGCACCCUCCACCGCCUCACCGGCGGACACGAAAAUAGAGCCCAUUAACUCAAAUGGUUACGAUCAGUGGGUACAGCCUUUUCGUAGCCAUUCUAGAGCCUUUAUUUUCUCCCUCAGAUUCAGGCUGAUUUUGUUUGUUUCUUCUGUCUUUAUCUGUUUCCUGUUGCCCCGUGCAGGAAAGUCACUCUGGGAGCUGGUCCUGGAACAGUUUGAGGAUCUGUUGGUCAGGAUCUUACUGCUCGCUGCGUGCAUUUCCUUUGUAAGAAAAAUACAAAUUCAUGCAUGGCUACCAACAAACACACACAGAUACACACUUGUGUGUGUUCUUAUGAACUAAAACUGUCUCUUCUCCUGUCCUCUGGCUUAUAGACCCUUGCGUGGUUUGAAGAAGGGGAGGGAACAAUUACAGCCUUUGUUGAACCUUUUGUUAUCCUCCUCAUCCUCAUUGCCAAUGCUAUUGUUGGAGUGUGGCAGGUAAAACAAGACUGUUCUGCACUUGUGUGUCUUUACAAUGUUUUAAAAUGAUAAUGAUAGCACUCACUAAAUAGCUCCAACUCAAAUCAUCCUUGAGUGGGCUUUUACAGAGUGUCAAAUUUCCUGUGUUGAUAGCCCUUAAGAAGAGUUGAUGUAUGGUAUAUUUGGUAUUUGUAUCAGAUUAUGUAACUGGCUUUCGUACACCUAUGUGCUACAUUGUUCUUUUUGUUGAAUUCACUAACUCUUUGUUUUGGUGUCUUUCAGGAACGUAACGCAGAAAAUGCCAUUGAGGCGCUGAAAGAGUAUGAGCCAGAAAUGGGAAAAGUUUACAGGCAGGACAAAAAGAGCGUCCAGAGAGUCAGAGCCAGAGACAUCGUCCCUGGAGACAUUGUCGAAGUCGCUGGUAGGCAGAAAAAGAGCUUCACUGUUAUCUUUUGAAGUCUGUGCUUUCGGUGAUGGAUGAGAUUUUUGUGCUUGGUGUAAAAGUUUUUAGUGAAACUAUUGAUAUUAGUGCAGACUGCAGCUGUGAGUGAAAAGGCAGUUGAGCAAUGCAGGUGAAAUCCAGAGAAAUCCGAGAGGCAUGAUCCUAAUCCACUGUGUCAGGAUAACCUCACAACAUGAACCCAAACACACAACAUCCUAAUGGCACAGAAAGACUCCAGACUUCACAGACACUGAGCAGAGGGAAAACCAUGCAGCCACGUCAUAAUCUCAGCUCUGACUCACGUAUAAUCUAGGAUAUUACUCAUACAUAAUCUGAGCAAUGACUCAUGGUACAAAAACAACUCAACCAAAAUUGAAGGCAGAGAGAUUAAAGUGCAUUGAAUUGAUUUCACAGAUGCAGAAAAAUCAGACAUAGUCAGCAACCAAACAUUUAUAACAGCAGCCACAAAAAUCUUUAUCAGACACCUGAGUUUGUUUCUUGAUGACCGCCUUCUGAAUGAACCACAUCAUCAGGUCACACAAACAAGCACGUUAGAAAAACACCUCGCUUUUUUUGCUCACUAAUCAAACAGGAUGCAUGACUCAGCUACAAACAGGAUGUGAGCUUGAUUUGUUGCUGCUAGCUGCUAUUGUUGACUAUUGACUGUAUAUGAAGGUCUUUUUCUUCCCAUUUUUAAAAGUGAUGCUGACAUACUUCCCCACUGAUGGUAGGUAUGAUGUGCUGGUGAUGUAUUUUGGAUUAGCAGAGAAGCAAUCUGGCUGGUAGAGCCACAGAGGUCACAGCUCAUCAGCUCAUCAAAGGCUGUUUGUGCAGGAUUAGAAUAUCCUGAGGACCUCUGCUAAAUUACUCUCCUGACCUGCGUGUCUUUUGUUUGGCUCUUUCACAAACAAUAAGUGACAUCUGUUAUUUUUUACCUUUCUGACUGAAAAUGCUGAGGCACUGUUUAAAAUAAGAUCAUCAGAUUAUAUAGAUGAUAUAUUUUUUUUCUUUCUUUUUUUCCUAGACUUUAUCCAACUGCCGUUAAGAACCAGAAAGAGAGUAAAAAAUAAAAAAGAAAGAAAAGAAAAUUUCACAGGAAUCACAUGCACAUAUGCACUAGGGGUGUGAAUCUCAGCACUGAGGACGAUUCGAUACGCAUCUCGAUGCACUGCCAGCGAUACGAUACUUUAACGAUACAUGGAAUUUUCUGGCGAUACGAUGCGAUACGAUUCACCCUCUUUAUGAUGCGAUAUGAUACGAUAAUGAUUUAGUUCAAAUCAAUGCGAUCCGAUACGAUAAGAUGCAAUUUGUUGCGAUAUGAUACAAUUCAACAUGAUGCAAAUAAGCAAAGAAAAAAAAGAAAUAAAAAUAAAAGAUGGAAUUCAGUAUGGUACUACAAAAAUGAUUUGGCUUUAUUCCUUAAAGGCACUUAGCAGUAAAUUCAACAAAAGUGCUUUUUGUCUUUUUUCUAUGCUCCUUUGGGUUCCAUUUUGUACAGUUACACAGAUUAGACAGACCUUCUGCAACUGUUAAGGAAUCUGAAUCAAUAAAAUCAAAAAAAAAAAAAAAAGGAUUCCAAUCCCAACCCCACAUCACACAAGUGCUCUAUACUUGUUGGGUAAUAUUACAGUACACAUUAUUAAACAACUAAUGCACUGCCUAACAUGGUGCAAAUAAACCAUUCAAUGGCCAUACUACUGUCUGCCAAACCAGUGUGCUAGAGUUGACUUUCUAACUGGCCACUGAAAAUCAGUGAUUUGAGUGAGUUCUGCAAUAAUAAAAGAGUGAAACAAUUACACAAUAAUAACUGCUGUAAAAAGUACAGUAAACAGCAACAACAAAACACUCUCAAUGAGUAACCUAAAGUGACACUUUCAAUAGUGCAAUCAAUGUUAAGGGAGGGGAGGUGGCGUUAGACUUGUCGGUGAUGUGGUGUACUCUUUUUAAGUGGGUCUGCAUGUUUGUCGUGCUGCCGUUGUACGGCUUCUUAACGCGGCAUUCUUUGCAAAUGACGGACGUUUUGUCGAGCUUUCCAUCUUUCUUUGCAAAUCCGGAGUGUUUCCAAACAUAUGAUUUAAACGUAGCGGGUGCAUUACAUAUAAACUCUUCCUCUCUGCUGCUCACUUGUACGUGGUCCAUGCUGUUUUACUAGUAGUGCAUUGUAUGUCCCUCACGGCUUCCGUCCAUAUUCAAUACAAAACGCGAAAUAAUGAUGGUGCAUUCAUUGCGCCUGGGGAACAGCAGAUGGGGUGAAGUUUAACAUGAAUAAAACGGCGCUUGCAUCGGAUUUUACUGAUACCCACCAACGCAUCUAGAUGAAUCUAGAUUUAACCCAUCAAUUGCAUCGAUAUCCAGUGAAUGAGCCGACGCAGUGGCAUCGCGCACAUGCGCAUCAAUGCAUCGAUUAAUUUAGAUUAUUUUCCACACCCUUAAUAUGCACACAGUAGGGCUGCUCUAUUAUGGCAAAAAUCAUCCGUUUUCAGCUCUUUUACUGUUUACAUCUGAUCAUUGGCUGCAGAUCCAAAAAAUCCUUCUUUAAAACCUCAAGACUUUUUUGCCUGGAAGUCAUGAGCUCACAGGGCUUAUCAGUGCGACUGUUUCACUCGCAUUUGCGACUAAAAAUAGAUGUGUGCGAAUUGAAAAAUGUAUUUAGGGGCACAUGUGCGCUUAAAAAAUCAGCAGGGGUAACAAAUGUUUUUUCAUGUUAAUACUGCGGUGAAGUUAGUUUUAGGAGAAGAAAAAAAUUGGUUAGAUAGCACCCCCCCCCACCCACUCCUUCAUCCAAUUGUGUUAGGCAUGAUUAUUUUGUCUGUAUAAAAGAUACUUCAUCAAACCAGACUUUAUAACAUUUCUUAAGAGGAUCAAAGUUAAAGAGAUUGAAGAGUCUAGAGAGUUGCGGAGUUGGGGAACAUGGAUUUUGAUGACAUUUUUAUGAAAUGAAGAAAUUGAAAGUUCUUCUGACUUCUUGUUGAACAGUAAUGACUAUUUGAUGACACCAGAAGGAAAGUUUUAAAAAAUGACUGGAAUUUUUUGUUUGUGAUGAAUAGAUUCAAACACAAAUAAACAUGUUUGAAGCUUGUUAAUUUAAAAACUGUUCCCUAAAUAAAGGCGCAGGAGGUGCUUGAUUGGUAGUUUGAAUCUUUUUUUAAUGGAGGUUAUCUUUGUAAGAUGAGAGGAAUAUGAGGCAGCCCAUACAAUGUGACAGUAUGACAAAUAUGGAUGGAUGAGGCUGUAAUACAAUAUCAUAAGACAGGGCAGAUGAGCUAAGAGAGAGAUCUUACUGAUGAUACAAAAGGACUUAAUAAUUUUCUUUGCUUUCUUACUCAAUAUGGUUUUGCCAGGAUAUCCUUCAUUGACUAAUAUACCAAUAAAAAUUGAUGCAAGGGACUUGUUUGAUUUCAAUGUUGCUGGUAAGCAGUUUUGAGUGUUGUUUAGGACAAGCUGUAUUUUUGUUUCUAAAGAGUAUAUACAGUAGUUUGAUUUGUUGGCAUUCAAGAAGAGCUUGUUCAUCUGAAACCAUCUAGAGGCAUAUACCAGGGUCUAAUUGGCAUUUUUUAUUAGACACCCAAAGUCUGAGUGGGAUAUGGCAGUAUUUGUUUCAAUCUGCAAAUAAAAUGAGCAGAGAAGGCUCAUUCAAGACCAUAGACUGUAUAUACUACGGACAACUUUGUUCCACCUACCGCCUGUAUGCGGAUUUGAAGCCAAAUAGCUCUCGGUAUUUCCGGGAUUUUUCUUCAUUUCCUGAAACCAGUGCUGUGCAGUAGCGAUCAGCGCAGUCGCCAAGAGUCGCUAUGAUACUGCUCGGCUCAAACAGCGUAUCCCCCUGGUGAGCUGCGCAGUCCCUGAAUGCCCAUAGGCUGUAUCAAGUGUCAAUCAUAGAAAACAUGAACCCCCUAAUAACUUUUAAAAAUGGAGCCAUAAAGAAAGAAGAGGACUUGAGCACAAACCAGUCUGACAGUAACUACAUGUCAACACCGCAAGCAAGGGGGAGAAAAAUUUAUAUUCUGUGUAAUAAAUUUCUAAAGUUUGUCCACAGCCCCGUAAGCUUUGCUGGCGGAGGCAGGAUUUAUGACCUAUACUGCAGCCCAUCAACAGAGGGUGCUGUUCUUGGUGGCUUCACCCAGCAAGGGGGCAGACUCUGUCUAUUCUUUAUACAGUCUAUGGUGAAGACAGCAGAAUCAUUAGUAAAGAUUAGAGACAGAAGGGGCCCAAGAAUAGCACCAUGAAUACAGACAUAUUGUUCUCUGUUGCUAAGAUAAACACUCAAUCAUGUGAAUACAACAUCCUUAAGUCCACACCGGUGGGGUUCUGACAGAAGAAUAUUGUGGUCUACUGUGUCAUAUGCUUUAGAGAGAUCCAAGAAUAUGCCAAUAGCAAACACAUUUUGAUCUAGUCCAGUAGAAAUUUGAUCCAUUUGUUGCAAAUGUGCCGUAUAUGUAGGGGGCUUUUUUGAGAAAGCUAUAUUGGUGUUUGUACAGAAUGUUGUUAUCAUGAAGGUGUAUAAUGACUGAAGAGUGAUAGGACUGAAAUUAGUCUGUAGUUGUGGAAAACACCCGGAUCACCUUUAAAGACAAACAAGACCUUUGCCACUUUUAGGUCACUAGGAAUAACCCCGGUUUGUAGUGAUACAUCCAGGAAAACCAGACAGCUUCCCUUUGGUAUCUCCACAUACCACUCAGUCUAUUGUUAGUUAACCUCUGCAUCAGUGCUACCCUCUCUUGGCACCUUAUUUGUUGCUUUGAACAGAAAGUGAAAGUAGUCCACCCCAAGUCAGUGGAAAUUGAAACAAGGUUACUUUUCUUUAAACCAAUCAAGUUCAUUUUUGUACAAACUUGUACUUUGGUUUGUUUUUGAUUCCAUCCGUUCAGGCUUGAAUAAAUCAUUAGUAAAUGGGUCAGUCAGUAAAAUUGUCUAUUCCUGAGAAAUGUUUUUUUUUUUCACUCAGAUUUUUGUCAGUGCUGAACCCUGAAUACAAAUUUGGUUGCCCUUUAAAGACAUCAGAUACAGAGACCCACUAAAGGUGUGUACCCUCCAAAAGCAGUUAAGCAUUUUCAGGCUGUGUCUCAUUUCAGAGACUGCACCGUCGAACGGCGCAUUUGAAGUGUGCAUGAGUUCAUCACGCGGCGCAAACUGUGUCCCAUUUGGCACGAAAUGCUGAGCGUGCUUCAAAUUCGGUCUUAAAACCACACUACCCCCGCCCCUUUUUUAAGCGAGCAAACCAAACAUUAUAGUCUUCAGAAAAGAACUGAUCCGCUCUGCAACGACAAUCAAAAACAUUAGAAAUAAGAAAGCUGACAAAACUACAGCAGAGUAUCAGUGACACAUUGAGUUUUUUUUCUUUUUUUUUUUUUUUAAGACUUAGAGAUUAAAGUUGUAAACUUAGGAGAAUAAAGUCAUAAAGUAAAUAAAGUCAUAAAGCUGCUCUUGUGGAGGGGAAAUGUCUGGAGCUGGUCAUCUGCAGGGUUAUCAGUAUAUACUGUAUAUCUAUAUAUACUGUGAUUGUUCAACAGCCGCACCAGUGCAUCAUCCCAUAGAUCUGUAUGGAGGAGAAACCACUUAGAGAUCCAGUUUCCUGUUCUAAAGCUGCUAUCUGUGGUGUAACAGUGUUUUUGUCUUUGUUAAUAUACACUACAGGCCAGAAGUUUCGAAGCAACGCCGAACAGUUGGGAGUAACUUCAAGUUUUUGUUCACAACUCCAGCAUGAGUUUUAUGUAUUUCGGGAUGUAUUUACUCCAUGAUCAGAUGUUGCUUUCAUUUACCUUUAGAUAUACAUUGAUGUUAACAGACCAUUGCUUAAUAUAUGUCAGCAAUAGAUAAUAAGGGCUUAGUUUUAGGGUUGAAAACAAGAAAAGAGUCACAACUUCAGUGCAAAAGCAAAAAAACUAAUCAAAGUUGGAUUAUUCACUUCAACUUUUUGGCUUUUGAGAGUCUGCAUACAAAAAUCCUAAUAAAUCUCAACUGCGUUCAAACUAUGGCAAAAAUGGCUAGAAAGAAGCAACUGAGUAAAGAAACAGAAGUACAGAUUUUUACAUUGAGGAAAGAAGGAUAGACAGAAAGAGAAAUUGCAAAACGCCUAAAGGUGUUUAACAAAGGAGUCCACUACACUCUGAAGAGACUCGAGGAACCUGGAAGUUAUGAUGAUAGAAAAAGACCUGGACAAAAGAGAGUUACUACAAAAGCAAAAGGGACAAACAUAGCAUUGUCAUCAGUAAGAGAGAUUGGCGAAAGACAGCACCACAAAUAAGGGAGGAAAUCAACAUGACAAGAUCGAAACCCAUAUCUCUGACAACCGUGAAAUGACGUUUGAGAAAGGCUGGUCUGAAGGGUUGUGUAUCUGCAAAAAAAACACUACUUCGUCCACAGAACAAGAAAAAGGGAUAUGAGUAGGCAAAAGCCAAAAAAAAAUUGGGCUUAUGAUGACUAGAAACAAGUUUGCACUGUUGUGUUACACCUACAAUUCAGCAUGGAGGUGGUAGUUCCAUGGUAUGGGGAUGUUUUGCAAGUGAUAGAGUAAAAGAUUUGUUUGACGUAAAGGGUAUCAUGAAGAAGGAACAGUAUCACUCCAUCCUCCAGCACCAUGCUGCUCCAUCUGGACUCAGACUUGUGGCUCAUAAGUUUGUUUUGCAGCAAGACAAUGACCCUAAGCACUCUGCCAAGCUCUGUCAGGGUUACCUUGACAAAAAAAGAAGAGGAAGGUGUUCUUCAAAAUGAUGGUUUGGCCCCCUCAGUCUCCAGAUCUUUCUCGAAUUGAGCUUGUGCGGGAUGAAUUGGAUCGAUCAGAAAAACGCUUCCCACGAAUCAGCAGUCUCUUUUUAAUGAACUUAAGAAAGCUUGGAAUGCAAUCCCUGAAACAUACCUUAAAAAACUUGUGGAAUGAAUGCCUGGUAUAUGCCAAAUUGUUGUUAAAGCCAGAGGAGGUUACUUUAAAGAAAGCAAAGCCUAAGCAACAAUAACUCAAAUACCUAAUAAUUAUAGUCAAAAUGUCUUCUGAUAAGUUACUCUUACAAAAUAGUCAUGUUUAUUGUGUUGCAAAUUAUAUAUAUGAAACUAUGAUCUUUUUUUGUACAAAUCUGAUCUUGCUUCCAAACUUUUUGCCUGUCGUGUAUGAAUAUUUUGUUCAUGAAAUGUCACUGAAAUAUGAGGCAAACAGAGCAUUUGAAACAGACUUUACAGUCACAGAACAGAAAUAAGUAUGCAGCUAGUAGACACAGGCCCUAACUACCACAAUGUUGGGGUUAUAAAGUCAUUUUCUACACUCAUGAGCCACUUCCUGUUUGAGCUAUCUUCAAUCAUAUCUUAUCAACAAACUUAAGAGAGUACUUUUUGGGUCUGCAAACAAAAACAGUUAUCACAAGCAUUUGUCAUCUUGUAGUAAUGAUGAAACUACUUGCAACCCUUUUUCGAAACAGUAUGUACCAAAAGAGUUGCUGGAAUCCCUUGUGAUGUUUUCCCCCAUUGUGGGAGAGAAAUCACAAUAAGUUACAUAGAAAGCCUCCAGCUCUGAUCAAUGUCACUGAGUUCCCAUGCUCUGGAAGCUGAAUGCUUUUACUACAGACAGAGGGGCUCCAGAUCACACAGAAAGAAACACACACACACACACACACACACACACACACACACACACACACUCACUCCUAACCCUGUUUCCUCUCUCUGAGCAGCCUGAAAUAGCAGCAGCUAUCUGGGGGAUUCAACAUUUUUCUUAUUGGGUCAAGCUUGUGUAUGUUUCCUUGUGUUAGUGUUUUUGUUUUUGUUUUUUGGAUACAACUGACCUCAACAUUAAAAAAAAGUGAAGUCCCAUGUGUAUGAAUGAAUACUAGUAAAAAAUGAUGCAGACUGGGCUAAAUGGCCUCCUAAAUUAUUUGUCUCAUUGCUAAACCAGUGACGUCUGAACACAUGUAAUCUCUGUAUGGACUGUCUCACUGUACUGAACCAUCUGACUUCAAUCACUAUGCAAGACUCUCUUCUGAUCUUUCAUAUCUUUUCUUUAAACUCUAAUAAAAAAUCUUUUAGAUGCACUCAAACCAAAUAUUUUCCACAAGGCCUCUUUGAGUAGCUUCUUAUUGCGUUUCUAUAACAAUAGCAGCAGGAGAGGAGGGCAGUGAGGGAACAGCAGGCAUGCACAUGAAGAUAUUUGCCAGAAAUGGCUAAACAGAGAUGCCACAGUGUUAUUUCAGCUAUGUUUAAACAAGCCUGCAGUGGAUGUGCACUGUGCUAAAAUACAACAGUCUACAGAAAGCUGGCUGUACUCAAGUAUUUUAUGUGUAGAAGAGAGGCAGUGUGAGUGGAAAAGAUGAGGAAUGCAAGAUUUUGAUUUCUUGAAGUCAAAGUUUAUUCAAGCUGGCCACAAAAGACAAAAAGCUGACACUUUUGAAAGCUUUGACUGACCCCUUCCUCUCUGCUUGCCCAGCAUUGUUGUGUGUUUUUUAUUAUAAUUGACCUAAAGUAAGUUGGUUUUACUGAAGUAAAAUGGAGUACUUGUUGUUACUAUUAUUACUCAAGUAAUGUUACACUCAGGCCAGUUUUCACAAGGUGAUUCAAGAAGCCUCUCCAACCCUCCUCAGAUUAUCAUAAGCCUUUUUAUGGUUUUGACUUUUAGACUUACCUACUCCCUACUCUGCACACUUUGGGCCUGAUCUACUAAGAUCCAAAAUAGCGAGCACUAAAUUGUGUGUGCAAACUAAAAAAUUGCACAUGCUUUUAGUUAAGGCUGCACGAUACUGGAAUAAACUAACAUUGUGAUUUUUUUCAACCCUGCGAUAUAUAUUGCGAUAUUAAAAAAUACAGGAAUUUUCACCAGAUGACCUGAAUAGCACUUAAUGUUACGCUGCACUGCUGAAAUCUUGAGGACAGUUAACCUGCACUGAUCUUACCUCUUUUUUGUAAAUGUUAGUAGAAUGGUUUCUGUCUGUCUCAGAGAUAUUUUUAGCUUUUAUUGUGCUGGGACGUUCUUGUGGCAACAGAUGAACACAGAACAUGUGUUUUGGUCGACAUCAUCCUUCUUUAAACCGAAAUAAUUCCAGAUAACUGACUUUCCUUUUCUUUUUGGCAACAAGUCUUUAUCUUUGGUGGUUUUCUCUGUUUGUUGCUCAGUUUGCGAUCAUUGUUGUUGUUGAUACCGGGGUUGAGUUGAGAAACGCAUGUCCGAGAAUUGCAUGCACCUCACAAAACGCGCGCUGCUUAUAGUAGAGUGGUCCGGGGAAAUGUGCAAUUUAAAACCCAUACACUUCUUACUUGUUGGGCUAAACAGUGAUGAGUAAUGUUCCGAAAGUAAUUCUCAGCGGACACGCGUUUCUCGGCUCAACUCUGGUAGCGCCAGAGACUCACUCCAUGUGCAGAACAUGUGCAGGAGUGGGUUUCCUCCUCUCUGAUUUUGAUUGACAGCUGGCAGUGUAGUCUGAUUGGCAACUGAGUAAAGAACAAAGGUGAUUGGUGGAUCACUGCACAGCACAUGCAGAGUCACAUGUAGUGUAUCUCGGUCAGCUACCCUUGAAAUUAGAUGAGUUCAUUCACCUCCGACAUCGCAGGCUCUGCUAUGUGACUAUUGCACACACGUACAUUGCGAUGACGAUGCUCAAACGAUAUAUCGUGCAGGCCUACUUUUAGUGGGCGUGUUGCGGGUGAUCUACUAUAAUUGCGUGUGUAAUUGAUAGCAGGAGGAAAAGUGGUGUGGACCGCCCUCUUUAAACAGGGAUUUUGCGUGCGCUAUUGGCUGUCACCAUGGAAAGUUUGUGAGAGCCGGGUGUUUGAAGCCACAGAGUUGUACAUAUCGUUUUGAGGAACUGCAUAAAAGGCAAGGGAAGUUUAUUUGUACAGCACCAUUCAUACACAAGGCAAUUCAAAGUGCUUCUGCCAGAUGCAAGAAGAUACUAGAAAUCAAAAAGGGGAUUAAAACAUUUUAAAAUCGAUAGGACAAACAGAUACACGUUUUCGUCUGUUUCGUGUUUGACCGUAUUAUUUAUGGAAAUCGUCAUUUACCGGAAAAAAUGAAAUAAAUCACAAGGUUUUGUACAAGGAUCAUGGUGUGUAUCAUGGCACUUCUACAUCCUUCUCUCCACAAUGAUUGUGCGUAAUGCUGCUCCAGUUUGCACGUGCCUUUAAACGUGCUAAAUAUAGACGCAAAAUAGCGAUCACAAUCGGUUUCAGGGUUUGAUAAAGCGUCUUCCGACCCAACAGAAGACUUGAUGUGACCAGAUCAGCGCUGAAAAAAUGUCAUCAUAAGCACCGCUGCACACAGCAGUCGUUGUCCUGAAAUUUAAGUGUCUCUGGGCAAGACACUUGAUCCCAUCUGCCCCCAGUGGGGGUAAAUAGGAUCAGUCAAAAGCUGAUGGGCUCUAUAUACACUCAGCAGCCUCUGGUAUCAGUGAGUGAAUGUGACAUGAUGUAAAAAGCUCUAUUUUAGUGCCCGCCGGCGGCACGGCGGAGGGUGGUGCACCCUGCGCAGUGGUAUUUUCGUCUGGCGAAGUCCAGCACACAGCCAGUCUGGUAUUUUUGUAGACUGAGGGGGGAGGUGUCGACAGAAUCAGCUGGCGCAGUGACAUUUUCAUGCUCGACGGCAGUGUAGAAAGUGCGCUGAAAGCUCGCCGAUUCAAACCUGGUUAGCGUUCAGCGCAGGCAGAGCACAGUUGGUCUUGUGGUAUUUUGGUAGACAGGCGGCGUAAUGCGCAUACGCCACCGAUGCCUCACAGGCAGGUUUCCACAGUGUCAGGCACGUUUGUGCAAUAAACAACCAAUAUUCUGAGUCAGCAAAUACAUUUAGAUCUAUAGAUAUAUUCUGAUCUAUAUCUGAUCUGAUGAGCGUGUUUGGACUGCGUUUAGACACUCAACCUGACCGAAUUAACACAGCCGACACUGUGCCGUAUCCCCUCUCUCUCUAUAAUGACUUACACUGCUGGGAGGAGCUGAGUUAGGGAGGGGGGAUACUCACGCCAGGCUGCGCCACUCACCAAAAUACCAAAAUGUGCUUGGGCACACCUUGUCAGCGCGGUGGACCUGUCUUAAGCCGUGCCUGUGCCACGCCGCCAGUGAGGCACCAAAAUAGAGCCUAUAGAGAGAGAAACACAUGGACCUGUGUGAAAUAAGACCUUCUUCUCUAUGUGCCGAUGAAGUUUAAAGGUGCAUGAUGUGUACUGACCGCCCAAUCAGAUACCAAGACUUUGUUUCUAUAAUGAGACUCUUUUUUUUCCCUCUCAGUUGGUGACAAGGUCCCAGCAGACAUCAGGCUGACAUCCAUUCGCUCCACCACCCUGAGGGUGGACCAGUCCAUUCUGACAGGGGAGUCAGUGUCGGUGCUUAAACACACAGAUCCUGUACCUGAUCCACGAGCUGUCAACCAGGACAAGAAGAACAUGCUGUUCUCUGUAAGUCUGACUAAACCACAGCGUUACCUCAUACAUAUGAGACAAGAAAAAAGACACCAUCGAGAAAAAGGUCAGGGGAUAGGGACCAGUAGAGGAACUAUAAAGUGUUCAAAUGUUUAGAGCAGUUGAAGUGCCCUGACCUAAUAAGACUGUAGUUCUCAUUGCAGUGGUUAAUGGUUCGAGUACCGGCCCAGACCCUUUGCUGCAAGUCUUCCCCACUUUCUAAUCCCUGUGCUUCCUGCCUCUCUUUAGCAGUCCAUCCAAAUAUAUAUGAAAAUAUCUUUCAAAAGAUGAUGACAAAAAUAUUAAAGUGCAUUACCACAUACACCGUAGGGUUAGGUCUUUAAGAGGAAGAAAAUGAAGCGUAAAGUCAAAGUGAUGUAUAAAAGUUCUAAAGGUGAAACCAAUGACAAGAAUAUGUAAAAGAUGGGAGCAGGAACACAUGACACUGAUCAGAGCAUCAGGUGAGCUCCUGUUUGAUGUCCUGCUCAAGCUGUUUGUUGUGUUUUCUUUGUGUAACUUCAAAAGCCUCAUGAGUCAGCAGGUGGUCUGACGCUCAGUGAACCUACAUUGAUGCUUUAUUCAGCAGGGUCACUUGGAUAGACUGCAGACCUGCAGGAUGGUCUCUAGACCCCUCAGAGAGUGCCUAACAUACCUGCUAAUAUCAGUAAUCGUAGACAUUAGAGUUUUAUUGUGACUGUUUGACAUGAGAGCAUGCAUGAUGACUUACAAUAAAGAACACACAGGUAAGUAAGUGUGUGUCUCUCUAAAAUGCUAUCUGCUGAGCUCUAAAGCUGAGCUGGAAAUAAAUAUACACAGUGAAAGUAAAGUAUUAUAAGUUGCACACCUUGUUUAGGGCACCAACAUCGCAGCAGGACGAGCCAUCGGGGUUGUUGUGGCAACAGGCGUACAGACAGAGAUCGGGAAAAUCAGAGAUGAGAUGGCCUCAACUGACCCUGAACGGACCCCACUGCAACAGAAACUGGAUCAGUUUGGAGAGCAGCUGUCAAAGGUCAAUGUUGUUUUUUUUUCUGUUGAAUGCUUGAAUUGGAUGAAGCAUUUGUGUUACUUUUAAAGAUAGAAUUGCUUUACCCCUCUAUCAUCCUGAAAUCUGUUGUGACCUGCAGGUGAUCAGUGUGAUUUGUGUGGCGGUGUGGGCGAUCAAUGUUGGACAUUUUAAUGAUCCCGUGCACGGAGGCAGCUGGCUUAGAGGAGCUGUUUACUACUUCAAGAUUGCAGUGGCCCUGGCUGUCGCUGCCAUACCAGAAGGUCAAGCAUACUGAGGCUGUGAAUUCUCUUUAUUACUGCAUGACAAACAUAAGAGCUCUUAUAUUGACAUGAAACACCUGAACUUUUUCUGACUAUCUGGGUGAGAUUCAUGUGUGAGUGCAGACAGCCAAAUGUUCUAGCCAAAAUGACAUUUAGCAGAAAGUCUGAUGCGUCUGCAGUAAUUUUCACAAAGCUUCUGCUCCACAGAGACAGAUAGGCUGCCUCUUCAUAAUCAUCCCAUUGUCCUGCCUCUUUCCUUCAGGUCUCCCUGCAGUCAUCACCACCUGUCUGGCUCUGGGCACGAGGAGGAUGGCGAGGAAGAAUGCCAUCGUCCGCAGCCUGCCGUCUGUGGAGACACUGGGUUGCACAUCAGUUAUCUGCUCAGACAAGACGGGAACGCUGACCACCAACCAGAUGUCUGUUUGCAGGGUGAGAUGUGGAAGGAGUUUUAACAUGAGUGCAAUAAGAGGAUGAAAUGGUCAAGUGGUAAACACUGGCUGCGAAGAGCAGUUUAAGUCAGCCAAGUCAGCAAACAAUCAACUCCCCACACUUACAUUACUGUGGCAGAUAACUAGAGGUAGGACUGAAGAGAGAGCUGAAGUUGGUAUAACUAGAGGGUAGGGCUGGGACUAGGGAUGUGCCGAUAGACAAUUUAAUUGCGAUGUGUGAUACUAAACGGCAGCAAUGAUGAGAUUGUAAGGUACUGUAAUAAACGUUCCACAAUUAUAAUUUAAAGACGAGUGGCAGCGUCACUCAGUGGAGGUGAGUGAAGCCAAGUACUUACCAACCUAACCCGCUUGUAGUCUUACCCAUGGUGUCAAAGCCUCGGUAGCAAAAUGUACAAACAAUCCACCACAAAAGUAGUCCCAAAUCCAAAAAAACUUGAAUUAACCCUUGUGUAACCGUCGCAAUUUACACCCUUUGGUAACGCUCAGUGGCUAAAAAAACUGCUGUAAAAACAUAUUGGAUUCAUAUUUUUUCCAGAUUUUUUUUCAUAUAUCUCUUAAGUAACUUCUGCUCUAUUCAAAAAUGGUAAAUUUUUCAUGAAGCAUCAAAAUUUUAACCCUUUAAGGGCCAAUUAAAAAAAAAAGUCACCAAAAUUGGGAAAAAAUAGGAGAAAAUGACUGAUAUUUAAUAGAAAACAUCAUCCUAAACUGGAAAUCUCUUGCAGGGUAAUAAAGUCUUGAAUAUGUAAAGGAUUAGUAAUAUCAUUGACUUUGAUGCCCUUUAAGUUUUUUAUGUAGGAUCAGAUUUCCAAAAAACAUCCUAUCUUAACGCUCAGUGGCUAAAAAAAGCCACUCCAGCCACUCCAGUCAAUUUUGGUGACUUUUUUUUUUAAAUUGGCCCUUAAAGGGUUAAAAUUUUGAUGCUUCAUGAAAAAUUUACCAUUUUUGAAUAGAGCAGAAGUUACUUAAGAGAUAUAUGAAAAAAAAUCUGGAAAAAAUCUGAAUCCAAUAUGUUUUUACAGCAGUCAAAAAAAGUGGCUUUUUUAGCCACUGAGCGUUACCAAAGGGUGUAAAAUUUGCCAAGCGCCUAUUUUUGACCUGGUGAAAAUUUUGAAGUAAUAUUUUCAAAGUGUCCAUCAAUAUAAGCAUCCACAAAAAAAAAUCAUCCCAUUUGGUGCAGUAAAAAAAAAGUUACGUGGAAAUUGGUGGCUAAAUUCUGCCCCAAGUGGCUCUUUUUAGCCACACCGUUACAUAAGGGUUAAGUACAUUAAUGCCAGCCUAACAAAAACGGGAACAUUAAAAGACAAAAUGAAGAAAUUUUACAACAAAUUGCGUGGUCUUCCAAAAUGCAUUGCGGCCACUCAAAGCACUGUUGGCGUGUGUCCACAAUGCAUCCCAUCCACUCAUUAGCUUCUUAAAGUGGAGGAGAUAUGAUCUGAUAUUUAAAAAAAACACGAAUAUUGGAUCAUAACAACAUGUCGAAUGGAGCAGCAUAAACUGUACAGUAAGCUGUCGAGGUAGAGAGCAUUAUAUAUUUUCGGGACAGCAAACAUGACAAGGUCGAAACCCAUAUCUCUGACAACCGUGAAAUGACGUUUGAGAAAGGCUGGUCUGAAGGGUUGUGUAUCUGCAAAAAAAAACACUACUUCGUCCACAGAACAAGAAAAAGAGAUAAGAGUGGGCAAAAGCUUAAAAAAAAUUGGGCUUAUGAUGACUAGAAACAAGUUUGCACUGUUUGCUUCAAAACGCAGAGUCUAUGUCCGCAGACAAACUGGUGAACGUCUGAAGCACCAUGUGUUACACCCACAAUUCAGCAUGGAGGUGGUAGUUCCAUGGUAUGGGGAUGUUUUGCAAGUGAUAGAGUAAAAGAUUUGUUUGACGUAAAGGGUAUCAUGAAGAAGGAACAGUAUCACUCCAUCCUCCAGCACCAUGCUGCUCCAUCUGGACUCAGACUUGUGGCUCAUAAGUUUGUUUUGCAGCAAGAAAAUGACCCUAAGCACUCUGCCAAGCUCUGUCAGGGUUACCUAGACAAAAAAGAAGAGGAAGGUGAUCUUCAAAAGAUGGUUUGGCCCCCUCAGUCUCCAGAUCUUUCUCGAAUUGAGCUUGUGCGGGAUGAAUUGGAUCGAUCAGAAAAACGCUUCCCACGAAUCAGCAGUCUCUUUUUAAUGAUCUGAUAUUUUAAAAAAACACGAAUAUUGGAUCAUGACAACAUGUCAAAUGGAGCAGCAUAAACUGUACAGUAAGCUGUCGAGGUAGAGAGCAUUAUAUAUUUUCGGGACAGCAAAUAUUCCGAUUCAGAGGGCUUUUGUUUUCGGCUUAUCUGAAUAGUCUGAAUGAAAUCAUUAAAGGCACACGUUUUUAAAUUCACCCAACGGUAAGGAAAAAUUGAAUUGUUUUGCCUUCAUAUGUACUUUCAACCGCGCUCCCGUCAGGGGUGCAUUCUAUGGCAGGGGUGCAUUCUACGGCAGAACAUGGGACCAAGAACAGUCAGAGACUGAGAAUGACGAAACGCCUCGGCUGUAUCCUCGUAUUAAAAAGGUUUCAUCACCAGUAUGGACGUUUUAAGGCUUCACAAAACAGACGAAGCAGAUAAACCUGACACCAAUCUGCAGGUUAUGCCGUAAGGAAGUUGCAGCGCUGUUGUCUAACACUUCAAACCUACGUGCCCACCUCCGUGAACACCAUCCAGAAUCGUUCGCCCAAAUCAAGGUAAAAACAACAUGAGCGCAACAAGUUUGGUCUACUCUACUGCUUAUUAUUGACAACGUUAGUGACUUUCUGCUAAUUUUAGCUCCAAAAAGCUAAUGCUCCCAACGUUGCGUUAGCUGCCUCUUGCUCAUAUUGUUUGUGCAUGUCAUGGUGUGCACAGAGAAGUGAUUUCGCAGUUUUUUGCCAUUUUAAAUAAUUUUAAAAGCAAUGCGAUAAUAUUGUGAAUCGUGAUAUUUUUGGCCACCAAUAUCGUGAUAUCAAAUUUUUCAUAUCGGCACAUGCCUAGCUGGGACAAUAUGCUUUUCUCCUGAUUCGAUUCUUCUACAUUUUUUGGGAUGCCGAUUCGAUUUAAAUUACAAUUCUCCAAUUCGGCUGUUAAGCAUGACGUCAUUUUGUGAGCGGAGCGGCUUCCGGGUCCAUGGGGAAUCAGCCUCCAUUCACUCUCCAUUCAAAACAACAAUGGCGGAACCCGUGAAUCUCUUUACAAUAACCUCCUUUUUCAGAAGGGAACCACUCAGAGUUAAAAAGGGACUUAAAGCUUUCAACUCGGAUAGAGUUAUUAACGUAAAUUUUAGUGAUGGCGAGAUGAAGCCUCAUGAAGCAUCGAAGCUUUCCAUCCAAUUACUAGCCUCCUGGGCCAAAGCUUCAUGAUCGUGCUUCAUUUGCUCUAUUGCGCCAUCAAGUGGACAAUAAAUGUAAAACAGACAGAGUGAUAAACCAAAGACACCCCGAGGCUUUGGUGCGCGAAGCUUUGAAUUCAAUGAAUGAAUGGAUGUGAGGCCAUGUGUUUGUGAUACAAUCAUAGACUGUAUACAGUCUAUGGAUACAAUACAGAAAUGAUGUUUUUUUGUUGUCUUUGUUGUUGGGAGGAAAUCUGUAGAAUGAUAGUUUAGUCGCUGUUUUUGUCUCUGAUCAGUUUAAGCAGCAAGGGACAUAUCACUGAGGCAUUAUAACAACAACUCCGCUGCACCCGGAAGUGGAAAAGGAGAACGUGGUUACGUCACGGCUUAACAGCCGGAUAUUGUUGAUUUUCUUGAAUUUCAUUCUGCAUUUUUAACACCAGUGAAACAGUUGAAUGAUUAUGAUUAUCUAAUGACUAUUCCAGAAACCAUAUUUCCCCAAAAAAUACACAUCACAUGUAAGUAAGUUUUUAAGAUUUAUUUUUAAAUUUGGGGAAAAAAGAUUUUUAAACAUAAAGAUCGAUUUAAAAAUUGAAAAAAAAACUACGAUACUUAUGUAAAUCAUUUUUUCCUCCCACCCCUACCAAAGAGGAAAGCAGUCGGCAACAAUCAUCUCUGGAGGGAGUGACUAACUCGGUGUUACGAUGUGUUUGACCAUGACCUAAAUACAUGCCUGAAUAUCCUUUUAAGAGCUCUCUCUCAGGACUGGUGCUUACAUCAGGUGGAAACAGCUACGUCAUGAUUCAGUAAAAAAUCAAAACAGAAUCCCAUGCAGGACUCAGGGUGGACCUAACCUGAACAUAUUCCCUUAACAUUCAUAAACUAACCAACUUCUGCUGUUUCUCUCUCUCUCUCUCUCUCUCUGUGUGUGUGUGUGUGUGUGUGUGUGUGUGUGUGUGUGUGUGUGUGUGUGUGUGUGUGUGUGUGUGUGUGUGUGUGUGUGUGUGUGUGUGUGUGUGUGUGUGUGUGGGUCUAGAUGUUUGUUGUGGACAGUGUGUCAGGAGAGCGCUGCAGACUAAGCGAGUUCUCUGUGACUGGAUCUACUUACGCCCCUGAAGGGGAAGUGUGAGUGUUUCUAACCCUUAACCCAUAACUCUGAAAACUUUCCAAUCAUCUCUGUGGAUUUGUUUUUUACUCUUCUUGUCAUUACUGGAACUAUACAUUCCACUUUUCCACCCUCCAUUUUCCUCAUCGCUCCAUCUUGCCUGUCCUUCUGUCUCUGCAGAUACAAGGACAGCUCAAUGGUGAAGUGCAGCCAGUAUGAAGGCCUGGUGGAGAUGGCCUCCAUCUGUGCACUGUGCAAUGACUCAUCGCUCGACUUCAACGAGGUAAGAUUGACAAACAUGGCUGAGGUCCUCAAAUACGACCAUAUAUGGUCAACAAGAACAUUUAUAGCUGAAAUCUGAAUCUGAAUGCUGAAGAAACAACCUGGAACUGAUAUGGAAAGACUGUCUGCAUUUCUUAUCUCCUUUUCUUCUCUGUGUGCGUUUGCAUGGAUAUGUGUGUGUGUGUGUCUGGUGUGUGUGUACGUGUGUUUUGCAGGCAAAGGGGGUGUACGAGAAGGUUGGAGAGGCCACAGAGACUGCCCUCUGCUGUCUGGUGGAGAAAAUGAAUGUGUUUGACACAGACUUAAGAGGACUGAGCCCAGCUGAGAGAGCUACAGCGUGCUGCUCUGUAAGUGUGUGUUUGUGUGUGUAUGCUGUGAGUGGAAAUGAGGGAGAUGCUUUUUACUGCUGUAGUGAGUAACUCAUUGAUCUUCUGCAUCCAUUAUUCAGGACGUCCUGAAACCUCUUCCCUUCUUCAUUUUCUCUCUGAUGUCUCAUCACCAUAAAGACUCUUGAACUGUUGGGUGACCCUAGACUGGAUGAAGCAUUGUCACUAUGACUGACAAUGACCCCAACUUUGUCAUUUUACAUAUGGUUGUGUCCUAAAAUACAUAAAGAAAGAUCUGUGGCACAUGAGGCCCUCUAUGAAGUCGUUCUCCAUCGAUCUUCUUGGCCUGUAUCAGUAAUACUUAUUUAUCAGUGUUGUAAAAGUACACGUGUUUGUUCUACACUGUUUCUGUACUGCAGUUUUGAUACAGAAUUUCAGGUCAAUUGAAGGUGAAAGGAAAAAAAAGGCAAAACAGGAAAACAGGACCACACCCACAGCCCCUCUCAGCCUCACCACCAGCAGUGAAGAAACAUGUGUCUUCACAUGUGUGGCAUUUCUUCGCUCUUCUUACCACGAAUUUCCACCGCAUCUGGAACGGCUCCAAUUCCCACCGUAUCCGUUUGUGAGGUGAAUUUAGUAGCAGAUUACAUACUGCAGGAAUCGUGGUAACUCACAAGAACCUGCGGAUUCAUGUGAAAUCGCGUGAUUAUGAGUCGUCUCUAUAAAGACAGCCACAUAACCAUGUAAGCAGUAGAUUGUGUCCAUCCAGAGGAGGAAAUCCACUUCUAGACUUCCAGAAUCAGCAUCUCCUCAUCCAUGGUGUCAUUGGGGUGAAAUGCUGUCUAAAAACCUUUGACUUGUUUGUCCCUGCCCGUUUUUAUGGUGCGAAAUACGAUCCGCCUGAAACACGGAGCCAGAUGUUUUAUUUUGUGUCUGUGCCUGAUUUCUUUCCAGCAUGGACAUUGUGCUGAAUUUAUGCAGCAUGCUCUGGCGUCCAGAAAAAAUAGAACUUUUGCGAUCAGGCGAUCCACAGCGGAAUAGAAAGUAGCCGGUGGAAAUUGACACAUUAACUUGAGUGGUUACAAUCAGCUGCGAUCAGCAGAUACGGCCUUUUCGUAGCCGUUCUGGAUGCAGUGGAAAUUGGAGGUUAGUGCAUUCUCAAACACAGCUGUGAGGAUUUGAACUUGGGAAACUUUUGGAUGACUUCAUUGCAGUUUUUGAUGAUCAUAGUUUGCCCUGACUUUGUAAAGUAUGAUGAUGUGCUGACUACAGUUAAUACUGUGAGUGUCUGUCAUCUUUCCUUCCUGUGAGUGUUCUUAUCCUCACUAUUGAAGAGUUGGAGAAGUGUAAAUGUCGUAUUGGGACUAAAGUAGGAAUUCUAUCUUUAAAGCUGUGUUUGCCUCUAAAAAGAGUCUUUUUUUUGUUGAUGUGCUCACAGCUCACCUUUUUUAGCUGCUUCCUCCUUGAUUUUUGGACUUCUCAGCUUUUAACCACCUUCUUCUUCUAAACCUCUCUUAAUUGUUUAGAUGGCUCUGUCAUUUCUCUUGCCAUUUUAUUUACAUGCUGUGGUAAGCAGAGGAGUUGUCUCACAGGAUUGUCAGAGUUGUUGUUCACAGGCUGGUCAAAAAACUGUCCACCAAAACAAGUUUGGUCAGGUUAAGGUUUUUUGAUGUGGCUUUAAUAAAAGGAGCAGCUGAUUUCCCUGAAAUAUAACACGCAGCAAAUAAAUAUAUUAUCAGAGCAAACAUAAAGAAUAACAUCCCUGGUAAAGCUUGGACUCUACCUUUAUUAGUGCACAGUAUUAGCAAUAGUAGCUUACAUGAUACAUAAACCCUCUCCCUCCACCCAAGUAUAAAUGAGUCCCUGAAGUCUAGAUAGUGAACUAGGUUCUUAUUUUUGGGGUAGCUUUUGAGUUAACUCUGAAUUUUCAGGACUAACUCUCCAAUCUUUACAAAUGAGCAGCUGCUCCGCUGUCCCCCAAAACUGGACCACUUUCAGACAUUGUUCUCCCGGUCAGUCAAACACACAAACACAUGAGAAAAUAUGGCCCAGGCUGAAACAAGACCAAAGUUCCCCUUUCAUGUGGGCCUGCAGCUGAGAGAGCAGUUACACUCAUAUAAGCCACAGAAGAUUCAGUAAACAGGGACUAAUUAUGACAUAGGAGGUUCAAAAGGUCUAGAUACAGACCUCCACACAGUGGGAUUAGAUUUCCCAACAGCUCCUCCUGUGUUUUAGAGAUUUAGCUGUGUUGACUUUAGUCUGGACUCAAAUGUUUAACUUUUGAAUCACACACAAACCACAGCUCCAGUAAGGUUGGGAUGUUGUGUGAAACAUGAAUAAAAACUGAAUACAGUGAUUUGUAAAUGAGCAAAAGUUUCUCAGUUUGAACAUGAAAUAUCUUUCAGGAAUAUUUAGGUGAAUUUAGGAGGAAAAGGAUUUAAAAGUCAAGGUACAAACAGACAAACAGAAGCUUCACAUCAUGCAAUUUUGCACAACCACAGAUGGACAGCACUUAACAGAGGAUUCCAUUCUGACACAGGAGGUUUUCAGAAGUUUGUGUUUUGGGCCAACUAAAGAUAAGGUCCCAUAUAAAGGUCCAUUCAAAAACACAACAGUGGGUUUUUUCCUGAUUCACUGUUUACCUCAAUGGUUCCCUCCAUCACAGCCUGCUGGUGAAUGUAUAUCAGCUGUGACUUGACUUGUUACCUAGCAUUGAUUCCUGACAUAAGAGCAGCAGAUUAAGAAUCAGUCAUCAUGUUGUCUGUAUGGUUGUUUUCAGGUGAUAAAGCAGCUGAUGAGGAAGGAGUUGACACUGGAGUUCUCCAGAGACAGGAAGUCCAUGUCUGUCUUCUGCUCAUCGAAUAAACUGACCCGCUCAGCAUCUGGAGCCAAAAUGUUUGUCAAGGUGAGUCACAGUCACCAUGAUAGAUAGAUAGAUAGAUAGAUAGAUAGAUAGAUAGAUAGAUAGAUAGAUAGAUAGAUAGAUAGAUAGAUAGAUAGAUAGAUAGAUAGAUAGAUAGAUAGAUAGAUAGAUAGAUAGAUAGAUAGAUAGAUAGAUAGAUAGAUAGAUAGAUAGAUAGAUAGAUAGAUAGAUAGAUAGAUAGAUAGAUAGUUACUUACUUAGUUAGUUACUUAGUUAGUUAGUUAGUUAGUGGGUGGAUGGAUGGAUGGAUGGGCAGGCAGGCAGGGUGUCUAACUCCAUUCCUGUUUCCUCAUCUGUCCCCAGGGAGCUCCAGAGAGUGUCUUGGAGCGAUGCAACUAUGUCAGGAUCAGUGGCUCUGCCCGUGUGCCUUUGAGCCCGACUGUUCGAGAACAACUCCUGUCCACAGUGAGGGAAUGGGGAUCAGGCCGAGACACACUGCGCUGCCUUGCCAUGGCAACCAGGGACUCACCGCCAGAUGUCAACUCCCUGAACCUGGAGAACUCAGCUGCAUUUACUGACUAUGAGGUGUUGAUUUCUGUGUGAGAUUUUAGAAGUUUAGAGGAAACUCUGUUGUUCUUGUAAAAACAGAGCACAGAGGUUAACCUUUCCUCCUCCUCCUCCUUUUCCUCCCCUCAGUCUGAUCUAACCUUUGUGGGCUGUGUGGGCAUGUUGGACCCCCCGAGGAAGGAGGUGCUGGGGGCUGUCCGAAUGUGUCGACAGGCGGGCAUACGGGUCAUAAUGAUCACAGGUGAGUUUUCACCACAGAUCUCAUGAAAAGAUGAACUCCCUAAAAGUGAAACCAGAACUUUUAAAACUCCCCCUACUGACUGCCUGAAGUACAAAUCGCAAAGCUUACUAGGAAACUAAAGCAAAAUUGGCGAAUCGAUUCACCUGUUGACAAGUGAAAGGGUUUAUAUCUUUAUCCCUGACAGUCUUAGUAACUAGAAAUCCAUCAGUACCCCUCAAGGAAAGAGGACAUUUUAAAUAUGUUGAUCUGUUGAGGUUUGAAUCUUGCAGAGGAUGAUCGUAUUUUUUCCUGUUGAUUAACUUCUCUGUGUGGUCACAUUCAAACAAACCAAUAAAACCACUUGUGAAACAACAACCUUUCUCUCCAGGUGACAACAAAGGCACCGCCCUGUCCAUCUGCCGGAGGGUGGGGAUCAUCACGGAGCAGGAGGAGGAGCAGGAAGGUUCAGGGGUCAGUGGCGGCCUCACAGGGAGAGAGUUUGAUGAGCUACCUCCUCACCUGCAGCGCCAGGCCUGCAGGACUGCCAGGUGCUUCGCCAGAGUGGAACCGGCACACAAAAGUCGCAUCGUGGAGUACCUGCAAAGCCUGAGUGACAUCACUGCCAUGGUGAGAGUAUCAGAAACAUGUCUAUACCCUGGAUAGAAGCUUUUUUGUCCUUUCAUAGACUAAACUAUCCUCCUCUCACAAUCUCAGACGGGUGACGGGGUGAACGACGCACCAGCACUGAAGAAAGCUGAGAUCGGCAUCGCCAUGGGCAGUGGCACGGCGGUGGCGAAGUCAGCCUCAGAGAUGAUCCUAGCAGAUGAUAACUUCUCCACCAUUGUGGCUGCAGUGGAAGAAGGCAGAGCAAUUUACAACAAUAUGAAGCAGUUCAUCAGAUACCUAAUCUCAUCCAACAUUGGAGAGGUGGUCUGGUCAGUAUGAGAGCAAAGAGGUGUUGUCUGAAGCUGAACAAAGUCACCCCAUAAAACCUCAGAUUAGCAGGUUUGAUGACGUGGUUUGAAAUCAAGCAGGACACGCCUGUGGGCAACCCAAGUCAAUGGAAAGUUAGUCCUGAAUGUAAACUCAAGUCCAAUAAAGUUUCAACAGUAUGAAGAUGCCUCUUAGGAUGGCAGUGGCCAGAAUACAGUAUGUUUCCACCAGAUUCACUUCAUUUAAAUGAUUUUCAAAAUAUUAGACUCUGCUUUGGCAAACAACAAAUUAUCCAAACAGAACAAAAAUAACACAUGUAUGAAAUGUUGGACCAAAUCGUGUGACUCACUGUCAUAAAGUGAUUCCUGCCCUAUUCCAUAUUAUCAUGCUUUAUAUUUAUGCUCAAAUGUUUUGUAGUUGUAACCAAACCUUCAGGUUUUUUUUUUAUGUUAGAGAUUCUGUGUGUCUGAAAUUGCACUCACUUACAUGUGUACGUUUAGUCAGACCAACACGCCUUGAUAAUGGAAGUUGUAUGGCAUAAAUGUGUUUCUAUGAUACCAUGUGGUCAACAAAAACUUGACAGGUGAAAAUGGGAUCACGUACAUAAAAUGACAGCAACAUGCUUAUGCAUUUUGUCAACAGUUUUGGUACAUAACAGGAUAAACAGGGAAGUUAAACUGGGAGAGGAUCCAGUAGUUUCUAGCAGAAAGGGGCAUGUUGCCCCCUACUGUAUUGGAGGCAGACUUGCAUCUGCUCCUAAACCAGGACAAGGACAGUAGUCCAAUGAAAGCAUAACUUGGCUGAACUGUGUAGAUAAAGAAUCACUUAAGUCAACUUGUGUGUUUGUAAGUAUUUAAAACACGCAGAGGCAGAAGAGAUGAGGAAGGUAUCAGCUGGUUGUAGAUUUUGUUCUCUGCGGAAGGUUGGGAUCCUCAUGUGAGUGGGUUUUCAGGAAAAAUGGAGUGCAGUGAAUGAACAAGGGUGUUGUGCCAUGAAACCCAACCCACCUCUGAACUCCUGCAGAUAUCCCAGUUUUUUUAGGGUCAGUCAUGGACCCUUUAAAUAAGUAUCCCCUGUUUUCUCAGUGCCCCAGAAUAAGGCUUCAUCUUUCUCCCUCUUCCUCCUCAGUAUCUUCCUUACUGCUGCUCUGGGCAUGCCCGAAGCUCUGAUCCCUGUCCAGCUGCUGUGGGUUAACCUGGUGACAGACGGUUUUCCAGCUACAGCUCUGGGCUUCAACCCUCCUGACCUUGACAUCAUGUCCCGCCCACCUCGCUCCCCCAAAGAGCCGCUGAUCUCCAGCUGGUUGUUCUGCCGCUACCUCAUUAUUGGCUGUGAGUCUGGGGCACAACAGAUGAUGAUUUCUUUACUAGUAAAACCAUCUCAAUCCUACCAAACAUAGAUCAGCUGAGCCUCUCCAGAUGACUCUCAGCGUCUCUUUCCUCAGGUUAUGUUGGAGCAGCGACUGUCGGAGCCGCGGCCUGGUGGUUCAUGGCUGCUCAUGAUGGACCCAAACUUUCCUUCUUUCAGCUGGUAAAAACACUGUUCACUGUUCACUGUGUUUUGACUCUUAUUUCCCUCACUCUCUGUGGACCUUUGGUACUCACUGUACUAAAUGCAUGUACAUAGACAAAAAAAAGUUCUCCAGCUGUGAAGUAGUAUGGAAGUGGAAAAGUGUUUCCAGACUGUUGAGGCAGUUCAGUUGCUCUGGAGGUGAAUCAAGGUUCUUUUGGCAGUAUCCUAACCAUAAUAACAGGAAACACAUAGUUGGCAUAAAUAACUUAAAAAUGAAGCUCAGCUGUUUGAGCAGAAAAUCAUCCUCGGAUCUGUCUCCUUUACAGUCUCAUUACCUGCAGUGCAGUGAAGGCCAUGCUGAGUUUGCUGGCGUUCAGUGUUCAGUCUUUGAGUCACCUUACCCCAUGACGAUGGCCCUGUCUGUCCUGGUUACCAUAGAGAUGUGUAAUGCCUUAAACAGGUAAGUAUUCUCCAUCUUGUAAAGGUGCUUUCAGAAUUUUUGUCAUUUGUCACAUUAAAGAAGCAAGAAAAUGAAAAGCACAUGCAGGUGGGGACACAGUAGUUCUUACAAGGUCUCUUCUUCUCACCUCCUGUUUAGUCUCUCAGAGAACCAGUCUCUGCUCAAAAUGCCUCCUUGGUCCAACCCCUGGUUGGUGGGUGCCAUCUGUCUGUCCAUGGCUCUACACUUCCUCAUUCUAUAUGUUGACCCACUGCCGGUAAGCAUGAGCACAAAUGUGAUCAAUAAACAUCAUCUAAAUUAAAAGGGCUGUUUUUUAAAAACACCGAAGUUCUCUGUCAGUAAAAAUUAGGGGAUUUUUAACGUUUAAUAAAGGGGAUUAAUAAAGUUCUUUUUAUUCUCAAAAAGUUCAUGGCCAAUAAAAGAGGAGGAACUGACUUUUUCAAUAGUUCCCCAGUUGUCCAGUACAUUGGUUAGGUGUUUUCAGUAUCCAACCUUAAGUGAAGUUUGUCUUUCGUCUGUGGCAGCUACAAGUAUAGACUUCACUCAUUUAUCCUAACCUGUGAAAUUCCAGCCGGCAGCCUCCAAACACCUGCUGAAAACACCUCAGAUAAGCAGCUUCCUGUCCAUGGUGACAAACACUAAUAAUGUAUCAGCCUAUCCUCAUUUUUUUUACAUGGUUAAAAAGGAUCCAUUAAACAUUCAGAAACAAAUGAAGACAUAAUCUAAACUCUUGGGAAUUUUGAAAGGGCCAUGGGGGGCUACUGCCAGGGUCUGUACGAUAUGAUGAGAUUCUUCAUAGAUUACAAAUAAUAAAUACUAGUAGCACUGUGAAAUCAUAUUCAAGGCUCACCACCUACAACAAACAUUUCCUUUUUCAAGUAUUUAUUUAUACAACAAAAAGAAAGUAAGCCGGAGCAGGAGACCUUUGAAAAACUCUAAUAAUUUUCUUUUUUUUUCUUUGGCUUAUCCCCUCGACUUUGAUGUAAACAUUUUCCAUAGUUUUUGCGCCUUACAUCACAUACAAUAGAGAAAAGUCCUACAACUCUUCAAGCUGUAGGACCUGUAGUGAAUUGAAAUUUGUCCAGAAAAGGACUAAGAAAAAAUCCACAAUAGAGCAAUAGUCCCCAAGGCCCUUAUUAUUAUACACAUGUGCUUGUCUCGUUUUUUUUACUUUUGCUGAUGGUUGAAGCAUGCAGCAAAUUCUGGUAUUAAAAAUGAAGCUGAUAGGAUAGUCUAAAAACUGAACUGCUUUUACAGAGGGGUCCACUGGAGACCAUGCCAAAGACUCCUCAUUAAAGCCCAAUUUAAAAAAGCAGUUAAAGUGGUCUAUGCAGCAGAUGUCUUUAUUCAUACACAUGAUACAGGGGUUACAAACUUUAUCAUAAUAAUAAUAAAGUAGAUAUUGUACAUCAAGACGCCCUUAGCUUAGAUAUCAAGCGUUUCUGUUUCAGGUGAUAUUUCAGAUCCGCCCUCUGUCAUGGCCUCAGUGGGUGGUGGUGCUGAAGAUGUCAAUCCCUGUCAUCCUGAUGGACGAGGUGCUCAAGUUCAUGGCUCGACACUACAUCGAGCCAGGAAGCCAGAUCCAGGUCAGGAAUCACCUUUGAGGCUGACUGCCUUAGUUUUGUGUGUUUUUAACCCUUUUCCUUUGUUGGUAUCUGUCUCUCCAAAAGUCUUUAGAAGAGGAGGAGGAGCUGCAGAGAAUGAGGGCCAGCACAGGAUUGGCAGGUGUGUUUAUGAUGCGGCUACAGCAGUCCAUGAAAGACGUGUCCUGGUCAUUCGUUCUGAUCUCUGCUCCGUUGGUGAUCUGGAUCUUCAGCCUGGACUCAGACAUCACCAACAUCUUCUGGGAUUGAUGGAGGGACAGAGAGGACAGGAAGGAGGACUGCAGGGCGGCAAGAAAAAAACAAGAGAAUGAAGCAAAAGAGGACCAAAAGCAAAUCUCAAUCAAUCAAUCUUUAUUUAUACAGCACCAACUUACGACAAGAUGCUUUUAGAAAGCUGGUCUAGACUAGACUCUGUUUACAAAGACCCAAUGUAAACAUGGGAUCUGACUGAGCCCCAUCUUGUAAGACCAGACCCACUCCCAUUCCAUCUUCAAUCACAUGAGUGAAACACUUUACUUCCUUUAGCAGGCAGAAACCUCAAGCAGAACCAGACUCAUGUUAGACGAUCAUUUGCUGAGUCUGAACCGGGUUUAGAGAGGAGAGAGAGGGAGCUGAAGAAAAAGAGAGAUGGACAGAGGAGAGACUGAUAGAAGGAGAUGGAGAAAGAUACAAAGGAUUGUUGGAUGUAGUGGAGACGGGUUAGCAGAAGUGAGAAUCAAGGUUGGAUGGUUAACAGCUCUGCAGAGAAGCAACAAUGUAAGAGAAGCAGCGUGAAAUCUUUCACUACAGACAAUCAGAAAACAGCAGAGACCUUCUGUCUCUGACCAUAGAAAGGUGCUAUGUGUUUGCAAAAUCCAAAUCAGGCUUAAUUGAAAUCUCAGACUAUUCCGGUGUGAAGACAAAGAUGUUGGGCUGUAGUGUGCUGAUAUCAUAGACUGUAUAUACUAUGGACAACUUGGUUCCACCUACCUCCUGUAUACGUAUUUGAAGCCAAAAAGCUCUUGAUAUUUCCAGGAUUUUUCUUCAUUUCCUGAAACCAGCGCUGCGCAGUAGCAAUGUGCGCAUUCGGCCGCGCAGUCGCUGUGAUGACGCUCGGCUCAAACAGCGUAUCCUCCCAGGUGAGCUACGCAAUCCCUGAACACCCAUAGGCUGUAUCAGGUGUCAAUCAUAGAAAACAUGAACCCCCUAAUAAUGUUUAAAAACUGAGCUUCACAGAAAAAAGAGGACUUGAGCACAAACCAGUCUUACAAUAACUACAUGUCAACAUCACAAGCAGGGGGGAGAAAAAUUUAUGAUCUGUGUAAUAAAUUUCUAAAGUUUGUCCACAGCCCCAUAAGCUUUGCUGGCAGAGGCGGGAUUUAUGACCUAUACUGCAGCCCAUCACCAGAGGGGGCCGUUCUCGGGGUGGCUUCACCCAGCGAGGAGGCAGACUCUGUCCAUUCUAUAUACAGUCUAUGGCUGAAAUCAGUCAGCUUAUUCUGCAAAGACCCACCUGUGAAACUGCACCUCAGAGCUUUUCUUCUCAAUCUGUAAUCAUAUGGUUAUAUAAUAUUCAUUAGCUUCAGAAAGGAAACGGAAAAUCUCUGCAUUAGGGUUUAUCGUUUUCAACCAAUAAUGAGGAAAAACUUUAAAAUGCCAAAUUAAUUAAAAAUGAUCUGUGAACAUACAAAAAAGUAAAAAAGAAAUAGGCCCUGUUUCUGUUGUUUGACACUCCAGAUCAAAGUGUUGUAAGUUAUCUUAAAUUAGUUAAUUCGUUCAUUCAAAUGUACAGUAUACAGUAUACAGACCUAAUACAGACCUCACACUUCAAGCUACUCUUUUCAGUGUUCAGACUUAAUUAAUGAGAUACUAAAACAUCUGAAUUCACUGUAUAUAACUGUCUUGUGCCUCUUAGACCAAGGUCAGUGCAGACAGCAGAACAGAUGUGCCCCUUAUCCUGGAUUUAAGCAGAAAAUGUGGGCCUAUUUGAUGACAAAGUGAUACACUGAGAAUUUUCUAAAGAGAUGCUAAACUCAGUUCACGACUGUUAAGAAGCAACACGCUGCAGCAGCAGCCCAGUAAUGACUAGAUUUUGCUCUUACACCUAGAAACUGAGAAGUGAUAAGACAGUAUCUUGAAUCCCCCAGUUAGAGCCUGCAGGUGAAUGUUCAGGUGGUAGUACAGCUGAAAAUAUGAGAGCAGCAGUUAUGCAUAGCAUUGAAGAUGAUGGAAAUCAGGAGCAGAGUCUUUCAAUCUGAAGUAGAGCCCAAAAUUUGGACUGGGUUUGUUAUGUACUUGUGAGAAUGACCCAUGUCAAAGAUUAAUAGUCUAGCUUCUCUUCAGCUGGAUUCUCAACAGAGGGACCAGGAUCACCUGUGGCUUAUACACUCACUAUUGACUAGAACUUAAUUUACCCUCGGUCAAAAACACAGAACCAAUCUCUCUAAAGCCCCUGUAAGGAACUUUUGGUUUGUGUCAGUUUUGGCACUCCCUUUGAACUAAGGAGUCUUUGCUUAGUCCAAAAAUGUCAUCCUGCUGAUUGUUGACAGUCAAAACACUCAAACAUUGUGACUAUUUUAGGUGAUUGUUGUCUCUACAGCUGCCAGACUUAGACCUACCCCCCUCUACACGGCUUUUAGACAAUCAAAUUAAGGAUCGUAAAAUCUUCAGUGUGGUCCAUUGUAGUUUUGUUUGAUUUAUAGACCAUAAUAAGGCAUCACCAUGAAUUGAAGUCAAUUUCAUAAACAUCCAAAAAUUCCUCAUAGGCAUUUUGACUUACUGUCAAGCGAUCCAGCAUAAUGCACACUCUGUCUAUUCCCUCUUGGAUUAUACAACUUAAAAACAGGUCAUCUUUAUUUUUCAAGUCUGUAUUUUGCUCCUCUAAAUUAAUUCAGAAUUAACAAUUUUUUAUACUCAUCAAAAAAUUCCACAACAAAUACAUUGAUCUGUCUGGAAGCAUACAUCUCUCAGUACCUGCUCAACAAAAGCCUCUUUUGCACCAAAAGUUUGAAAUGAUAUUGAAUUAAUCAUCUUUUCAUUCUGUCAUCAUACAGUUUGUCCAACAGAGGGUGCCCAUACCUCCUAAUUUUCACAGAGCAUUACAGCUGAGUGGGCCCAACAAUAAUGGUCCAACAUGGUAUGAAACUUUAAAGCUAUAGUUGAAAAAGUCCAUGACUUACAGGAAUGGGAUGGAAACCCAGUAGUGUGUAAAGAUCUUGUUCUGCAUCAUUAAUACCCAUAAAAUCAUAAUCCUGCAUGUAUUGAGUCUCAUGGGUCCUGAUGUAACAGUAAUGUGUGAGCUAAAGCAAAUUUGUCAUGUAAUUUUAAUAACCUGCACACACUGCUGUCCAAUCAAGACUGUGAGUAAAACUUCAUCUCCAGCUGACCUCUAUUAAAACACACAGUGCUUCAUAUUGGUGGUCCAUCUAUUCAAGGAUAGCCAAACAAGGUAAGAGGUGAAAAAAAAUUUGGUUUCAUUUUGCCAAAGCAAAUUAUUAACAGCCAAAAUGUGCAGUCUGUGUCCUUACAUGUCAUGAAAUGCAAAGAAAUUACAAAUUAAAGCAAAAAAGCAGGAUCUUUGACCCUCUUUGGGUUUGAAAAUUGAAAAUUCUGUUAACUCAGUCCUCCUGCAAAUCAGCCAAAGUUAUCAAACCCAACUUCUGCAGCAAGCUAAGGAAGUCAAAAAUGUCCAAAUUCAUGUCGAAAAAGCUGAAUGGCAACCUGAAGGAAGUGUGUUUAAGGCGGGCUCAGAAAAAUGCCUAUGAGCAACAGCAGUUUUAUCAGAGGCGUAUCAUCCACACGUCUUUCCACCAAAGAUUUAUGUCAAUAUGAAAGAAGCUUUAUUAUACGUUAAAUGAAUUAAUUUAAUUUGACAAUCCCCAUCUGUUACACUUUCUCUCAUCAGUCAGUUUUAACGAGAAAUUUCCCCACUGUGGGAUGAAUAAAGGUUAAUCUUAUCUGGACUGUAGCUACAAUAAAAGCUUGUGCCAGGAGGCCACAAAUAAAGAGUAUUUAAGGCAAAAAAAUAGCAGAAAGAAGCAGCCACACUGAUGAGAAAAUGCUGCACAUGGCACCUUUAACACUGACUUGUCUGGUUCAAAACAAAUGUUUCUGUUAGAGGACAGAGAAAAGCACUGAGCGGUCCAGAAUCACUCACAGAAACACACAACCUGCUGUGACAUCCUCCCUGUAAUUUAGCAGUAAUAAUAAAAGUAAGAAUAAGUGGUCCAUGACAUAAAUGAGAUGUGCAGUGGGAUUAUAUUAGGACCACCGUAGCAGAAGAACCACGUAACUCUGCGAGCUUCCCUGUAGAUACUGUAAAGGAACAUUAAACCUGCAGAAACGACUGUUAGAAGACUGCAGCAUGUCCACGCACGAUACACUUUAGUAACUUGAAGACAAUCAAACUUAGUCUGUUUGGUUGUUCAGAGACAGUCCUUUCUGCUCAGUCUGGGGGUUAAAGAAAAGGUCCAGGAGGUUCCUGGAGGUCAGGAACUCAGUUCACAUAUGUUGAGGGCCAGUCAGUCAGACAGUCCUCCAGAUCAGUUUGGGAUCAGUUCAUCUGUUAUCUUCAGUAAUUGUGACUCUUUAGAAAGUGCUUUAGCCUUCAGUGCUUCAGGAGGCUCAUUUGAGAGGGCUGCAGCUCUUUCCACUUAAGUUUCCACAACUUUUCUUAAAAAGAAGUCGUUUUCCAAUCAAGAAACAGCAAUUAUUGUGGAGUCAGACAUCACCUCCAAGAGCACUGGAGCUGCUGCACAGAAAUUGUUUGAUUUCUGUGUUCUUUUCAGUCAGUUGUUUGUUAGAGCCUAACAAGCACUAACAAGACCACAAACAUUCACACAGAGGAUCAUUGAUCAAAAAAGCAGCAAAUCAGCAGCUCUUGUAAUGAGUGAUGUAGAGUCCUUGACUUCCUCAAGUAAAGCAUAUUGACUCACAGUCAGGCAUGGAACUGCGUUCUUUUUUGUUUUGUUUUGUUUGGACUAGGUUUAGACACGAGUUCAAUGUGCGAUGGUGCAGAGAAACCUACAGAGCCCCUCCUCAAGUCAGAUAGUCUUUUUUACACGAUACAUUUAUCUUGUUGGAGCCUAAUAUGAACUUCUUCGAAAAGGUUAUCUUGUUGUGUGCAUAAGUAAACCCCUUGUUUGAACAAAUUAAUAGCUGUUGCACUUAUUUUUUUCACUUGUAUUAACAUUAUAAUUAUCUUAUAGGAACAAUAAUGUCAGUAAUCUUGAGUACAUGUGCCCACAAGAGAACAGAGGGACUUUUUUACUUGUUCCCAUGGGAUAAAUAAAUUGAUGGUGUGACUGUCCUGUUGGAGAAUAUGUAACUUGUAUCCACAUAAGGACUUGUGCCCACAAUAUACCUAUCCUGUGCAAACAAGCUACUAUCUUGUGUGCACAAGAUGACUACUUUUUCCCUCAAGAUUAUUAUGUUCCACAAGGUCACAAGACACUGAACUUUUUUCCAUAAGGUCAUAACUAAUAUGCACAAGAUGAUAAUCUUGUGGGAUCAAGUUGUCUUGUGCACAAAAGAUAACUCUUUCCCCAAGAUAUUUUUAAUAAGUGUAAAAAUUAAUGUCUUUCUGUUGCAUCUUAUUAUUUUUGUCGUAAUACUGUGCGCACAAGAUAACUACGAACGACUAGUUUUCUUCCACCAGGUUAUAGCUCCAUGUGUAGUAUAAAUAUCUUGUUGGAACAAGGUGUCUUGUGCUCUGAUGUGUACAACAUGAUAACUUUUGGCUAUUACACACAAUAUAUGCACAUAAUAGGAUUCAAUCCCUGGGACGAGUAAUCUUGUCCGUACAAAAUAAGUAUUUGCCACAAGAUAAUCAAACCAUGUGUGAAUAUUUUGGAGUUAUAUCAUUAGUCUGUGCACAUAAGAUUUUACAACAAAUUAUAAUGUUAUCUUGUGUGCACACUUAAGUUUGUUGUAAGUAAUGUCCUCCCUGAUCAGUCCUAUAAAAAAGGAUGGUUCUGGUUUCUUCAAGAUUAUAACUAAUGUGCACAACAAAAAAAAACUUGACAAAAAAGUGACUUUGAGCUCACAAGAAAAUCACUUUUCCUGCAAAAUUUUCCUUGAGCACAGCUGGGUGCAGUUUUUAGAAACUCUGUGGAUGUGGAAUGAGUUCUGUGGCAUGCAGUUGAUUUCUGUUUGUUUGUUUUGCGUGUUUGCUUGUUUGUCUGAGUGUUUGCAUCUUUGUUUGCUUGUUCAUUUAUUUGUUCAUUUGUUGUUUCUUUGUUUAUUUGCUCAUUUGUUUGUUCACUUUUUUUGUUUGCUUGUUUGUCUGAGUGAUUGCAUCUUUGUUUGUUUGCUUGUUUGUUUGUUUAUUUGUUCACUUGUUUGUUUGCUUGGUUUUUGUCUGUUUGUUUAUUUGAUUGAUUGUGUUUUGUUUUUUCCUUGCUAGCUUGACUGUGUUAGCUGUCUUGUUUUGGAGUGGGGAGUAUCAGGCCUAUCUGCUGUUAUCUCCAGUUAUGUUAAUUUGCCAGUGAAAGAUUAAUUUUGACCUUAUGGAUGGUGAUUCAUGUUAUUUACACUGACUCUUGUCAUGUUUUCAGUGAUGGCAGUUUUAAGGUGUCACAUUUAUGGGAAAUAAGAAAUUAAGAAUAAAUGUUCAUGUUACAAAAGUGAAUGAACUAAAUUAUGACUUUGUUUAAUUCUAACUUUGUGAUCUUUUUUUUCUGAUUGUUUCUCAUAAAGUGGCCUCUGGAAGGUUUUCUGCUGCUUUAAACAUCAUGAAAACAAAAGCCAAAACUGAGAUAGAAUGAAAGAGAGACACAAUCAUUCCAGAGUGAUUUUCCUUUGAACUGAAUUAUUUCCUUCCUCUUCUCCUUAAUCAUCCAAAACUAAAGACUUGAUCUCUGUCAUUGCUGACUGCUUCUCUGCCUCAUUUCUGGUUGUUUCUGUUUUUUCUUUUUCUUUUUCUUUUUGUGGAGAAUGUUUCUGAUUCUCUUUCUUUCAGUUUUAAAAGGACAUUUGUGAAAUACUUGGUUGGUUCUGAUCCGUUAAAGCAUAAGGAUGCACAGAGUAGUGUGUAUUUAAUUGUAUGAUUAUUUAUCUUAUGACUUUUAUUUCCUUCCAUGAUGGCACCAUUCUGAAAACCCCCCAGCAUUCCAACUGUGUUUACACUCUGAAUUAUUUCUAUUAUUAUGUUGAUUAUCAUCGAUGUUAUUAUUGUAUUUAGCUGUUGAAUAGGAAAGUAAGGAUUUCUUUGCUUUCUGAAGGUCAUCUUUUUGUCAUUAUUAUUAUUAUUAUUAUUGUUAUUGUUCAAUGAUGAUAUUGCAUCUGUUCCCUCUUUACUGAAUCUUCAACAUUUACACUGAAUCUUAAUGAGGGAGCUCUAUACUGUAGAUUUAAAUUUAUUUCUCAUUUUCAUUUUCCUUCCUGCUAAAGAUCUUAUUGUCAGGAAAACAAUGUUGCAGGAAGAAAACAAUAAUAAAAUUAAAGUGCUCCUGAAAAAAAA